AUGUCCGAAGGUAACGAAAAUCCACAAGACCCGCGACCCGAGUUCUUCGGGAACUAUAUAAUAAAAGCGUUAAAAGUGAAAUCGGAAAAAUGGUUCAGGCUCAUGGUAACGGAAGAACAAGGUUCGAAAGUCUACAAUUUUUUGGACAAUCCGGAAUGUAUUGUUUUAAUAAUAUUCCAGGUACUGAAUUUGUUUGCAUUUAUGCCGAUACGUAUAUGUAUAUCUCUAACAAUUAUAACAAUUAUAUCAAUUCUAAAUUUUGGUACGGUUUUAUUUCAACAAUAUAAACUGCAAAUCGAAUUUAAUCAGAAACCGCCAAUCAUUUACAAUUUAAGUAUUUUGAAUAUAUCAUACAAACCGCACGAAAAGCGUCUUUAAGGAGUAAACUUGAUUUAUUGGUGACUUUUAAAAUUUGUAAAGUGAUUAAUUAAUGUCUUUUAGAUAUGUAAUAAUCCAUUUUCGACUAUGCAUUAUAAAUUGUGCGUCUACACCAAAAUGCACGAUCCGGAUUUUUAUCAUUAUAUUUUGUCCACAGUGGCGUGGGCAGGGGGAGAUUAAGGAUUAAAUCCUAUCCACUAUAGGAUUAAAAAUACAACAAUUAUGAGUGGUUUAUUUAGUGAAUUUCAGCCAAGUUAAGAGAAAAAAAAAAAACUUUGAUUUAUUGAAAAUAAAUUGUCUUUUGCGGAUCCGGAUUUUAAAUUCUCGUUGUCGGGUUCGGUAUAAUAGAAAAAGACUCUAUGAUCUAUUUAUAAACCGUGAUUGUUAUUAAAUACAUACUUUGCUAUAUUUAAAAUUCCUGGGAACGCCACGGUUUGUCCGAAAAACAAAUAGGUCUUCAAAAUUGAAUAUGCCAACGGAUAUUGUAUUUAUUAAUAUUAUCCCGAUUUAAACAAAAUGAACAAUGAAUGUGUUGAAAUUAAAUAGUUAUAAUAUAAUGAUUUCUUUAGAUUUGAACCGUAUACGCAUUUAAAUAUUCAAAUAAUGUUAUGCACAAUGUAUUUCAAUAUCUUUUAAUCGUACGUAUCUAUAUAUACUGUUGCUGUAAAAAUGAAAUUGGAAUUAUUUAUCGUAAAUAAAGAUAUUAUUUCAAGACAUUAUAUUAUGUAAUAAUAUUAUCAUACCAGUAUAUUUUUUAAUGGAUACCAUUUUUUUUUUCGUUCAGUUUUGAAAAGAUAAGUUAUGCAACUCCAUAAUAUUAUAAUAUGCGAACAGAUAUUAUUAGAUAAUGGUUUUUACUGUUAGAACUAUUUAAAAAAAAUAGUAUACUAUGGUUUUGUUAUUUUAUCAAACUUCAUGUAUAACAAAGCGACCUAUAAAUAAUUUGACAAAUAUAAUACGCAGAUUAUUUCAUUGUAUCUUUUAUUUUAUUUUGUAUUAUUAUACAUUGUAUACAUGUCCGCGGAGGGGGGAGUAGAUACAUGCAUAUUACUGAAAUUUCGUAAAUCAUUUUUGUUUUAGAACAUGGCGGCGCAAUUAUUUGCGAUGGACAGUUUCCCGGUUCCUUUGAAAACCAAAGCGAUAUAUUUUGUGAAAAUCGGCAAGGUGGUCGUGCCCAAAGACAACCCGAGUUCGGUUUUCAUAAUCGGAGAUAUGGCCAGCAAGCCGAUCGAACAAUUGGCGACUAUUGUAGACGAUGUGCGUACAAUAAUAUUAUUUUAUAUUUUAGUCGGUAUAUAGGUAUAUAACCUAAACUAUCUUAUCUACAAUUAAAAAAAAAAAAAUUAAAUAAAAACGUUAUAAAGAGGAGAACACAUAGAUUAAUGAUGAAAUAAUUAAAAACAGUUUCAUUACAAUCACACGUUAUCUUUUUUCGUUCUCCAAAUCCACUGAACCGUAAUAUAUUAUAAUGAUACAUAUUAUACCUAACGAGUACCUGUAUUAGAUACGACAGGUCAUUUUUUCGUAACAUAAAAAAUGUACCUUUGUAAUAUUAUUCUUUUCUUAUUGGUAUAUGAUUUUUUUUUUUAUCUAGAACACACAAACCGUUUUUUAUAUAAACGAGCAAUGUGUCAAUAAUAUCCAUAUUAUAAAAAAUACCUAUACCUAUGUUUUCGAAUCGCUGUAUCUGUAUAAUUAUAUGUAAUCCAGUCACGUAUUAUAGACCCCCAAUAAUCGAUAUUAUAUCGUAUUAUCGUUGUAAUAUUUUACGCAGUUAAUAAUAUAUUAUUUUAACAGUCUUAUAAUACUAUGGACUAUUAUUAAUCAUUUACUAAUUUUUAGGUUUUACUAAUGUUUUUAUAAUUUUUAUUUUUUCUGUUUAUAAACAAUUUUUCUCCUAGAAAUUUUGCUCCAAUCGAAACAUGACGAGAGACAUUUUUUGUUGCAUUUUGGCUCUAGUUGGUACUUCAAAAAAGAGAUUUUUUUUAAAAUUCUCAUUAAUAUUCGAGAUUUCGAGGAAAAACUAGUUCUUUAGGUUAAUUAAACAAGAUUUAAAUAUCAAAAAUAAGGUUAUUGGCGACCGUUUUUAUUAAUUUUUUUUGUUACUAUUAAGUUUUUAUUAUUUUAAUCUUUUUAAACAAUCUUUGUUGUCGUGAAAACUCACUUUAUCGAAAAACCAAUGCUAUUGACCGAACUCCACUCAGAAUCGUUUUUCGUUAGCAACAAUUAAUUAUUGCGUACAAACAGUAAAUACUCCUCUAUAUCCUACUUUCUCAACUUCUCUUUUAUAAACAGUGGCCCACCCGUGAUGCGAAGUAUAUCCGUCCGCUUUUUUGGUUUGCAACAAUGGUCCCCGACACAAAUAUGCGUGUAGUGCUAAAUUGUGAAUGUAUUCGUAUAUAGAAAGGAUUUGAGAAUUUAGAAGAGUGCAGUAAAUAAUAAUAAUAAUUGGACGGCGUUUGUGAAAAAGCGCACAAGUCACAUUUUGUAACAUUUUACAUUAUACAACAAUUUUAUGGAAAAUUUCAUGACGGAUCGAUUGAUGGAACUAACAUUUGUCUAUUUCAUUUUUAAUAUCAUUUAACUAUUAUGUUCGUUUAGACACAAGUCGAGCUCGGAAAAUCCGGUGGUGUAUAAGAGAGUGGCGUAAUUGUGUAAGUCUAUAGUGCAUUAUUCAGUUUUUUUUAUCGUCUGAAAAGUUUUAAAAUUGUAUUUAUGUACAUUCUCUUGAACGAAAUAUAUAAAAUACAAAAUAAAAGAUCGAUGGGUAGAAAUCGCUAAAAAUGGUAUGAUAACACCGUGAUAUAAAAGACCUAAAAGACGAACUAUACGGGUUAUACGCAUUCUACGGAUGUGACAUUUGAUAGAGCAGUUUUUCUCAACCUUUUUACUGUGGAGCCCCUCUAAGUGAAUAUUCAAUUGUUGAGCACUCCUUAAAUACAUGUUUUAUAAUAUACACUUAUUGUUAUUACUUAUAGAUUAUUAUUAAAAAUAAAUAAUAAUGUAUUUAAAAAACUAUUGAGAUUACAUAAUGUCUUACUGUUAUGUGACCAAUACGUCUGCUGCUGAUAAUGCAUUUUCCAUUCUAAAUGAUUUAUGAAUUCAAAUAUAAUCAACUAUACAUUUAUGGCAUAAUAUAUUUUAUUUGUUAAUGCGAUUUUUGAAAUCGUUGUAAGAUUAUUAAGUUUCGUAUCGAUUUAAAUAGUCCGUUAGCGGCCUGCAGGUUGAGAAACACUGCAAUCGAAAACAGUGACAGCGUAGUAAUGGAAACGAUAAGCGGCCCGUUUAGCUAGCCUACAGAAGCAUUUAGAAGAAGAUUAUAUUAUACACUCAAUAUUAUAUUACUUAUCUAUACAAAUUCAAAUGCAAUUAUUAAUAAUUAUACGACUGUUCAACAUUGAAUACCAGCAAUACUGUAGCAACUGAAAUGGCUUGGGCACAUAAUAUUCAAAGCAGUAUUGGGCAUUGGCUGCAUAUUAUAUAUUUAUAUAGAUUUUGAUUCUUAUGAAGAAUCUAAGCGAUUUUAAACAAUCCUAUUGGAAAUCCUAUUCGAAACAAUUGUGUGGACGUAGUAUGCAAAAACGUUCGUAUCGUGUAGAUAUUUACACGAACUUUAAGCUAUACCUGUAUAAUACCAUUGUUUACGAAGUGUUUUAAAAGAAAUUCUACAACAAAGAGACAGCACUAACGCGUUUUAUUAUCAUGCUAUACGCUUUUUUUUUUUUUUUCUAUUAAUUUUUUUUUUCUAAAUCGUAGUGGGUAUAUAUUGUAAUAAUUAUUUUUAUAUUGUGUGUGCGUGAUACACGAUACGACCAGCAACAAUAUACCAACAUAUUCGUGAGCUCAUUACGCCGUUCUAAACUGUAUAUAUACUCAGGAGUGGGGCUAGGUACAGGUUUUCUUUUCUCCCAACAAUGUUUCGUCUCGGGGUUUUUUUCUUCUUCACGUCACCGUAUUAUAGUUACAAUUUAUUAUAAUACAAGAUAUCGACACAACCGGUAGCGGCUGGAUAAUAAUUUGAAAUUCAAAUUUUGAAUAAUACAGUAGGUUUAUUCGCAUAUCGUAUAGUCAUGUAUAAGUUUUGACGUACAUUAAAAAAUAUAUAUUCAAUGCGAAAGUGACAAAAACUCUGUUCGACCGCAACACAACAAUGCGAUAUCAUGACGUCUGCAUAUAGAGAGCGGAUUUGUAUGCGUUUAAACCGAUAAGAAUAUAUUAUGAUGUUUUUAUACUCUACAAUUACAUCGAAAUAUUCUUUUUUAUGCGGAAAUAUUGUUUUUUUAUUUUUUAUUUUAUAAUAUAAUAUUAUGGUGUUUCAUUAAAAUGUAUAUAAAACUGAAAAAAAAACCCGUUAAAAAUAUACGAAUUUACAAGAGCAUUGAAUCCGAAAUAUUCUUUAACCUUAAAAUAUGUUUUUUUAUGGAGACAAAUCGUAUUGAGCUUUCUAGCUUAUCUAAUUUUAGAGCUGCAUAUCAGUUUAUAUUGUGAUAAGAUAAUGAAAUUCACAUUUUUCGUAAAAAUACGGACUUAAAAAUAAAAUAAAAAACAUAAGGUACUCAGUUUUUAUACAAACAAUUUGAAAAUGACCAGAAAUAAUUAAUAUUUAAAUAAAAUAAUGAAGUUACGUCAAAAUUGUUUAUUUAAUAAUUUAUUAUUAUUAAAAGAAAUAUAGGUAAAUAAGUGAUAUUUUCAAACAUUUAUUGUUCUUUUAACUAGUUAAGUUAAUAGUUAUAUAAAAAGUAACUUUUAACUUUUGAAUUAUUAACUCAGCUUUAUUGGUUUGUUAUAUAUGCGCUUAACACACUGUGAAUUAUUUUAAAAUAUUAAUCGUAGCCGGUCCACAUAAAGUCUAAGUACAAGGAUAUUGUGCACAAGAAUGUAAUAACAUAAAAAGUAAAGAGAGGAUUAGAGUAAUAAUAAGUUUUAUCGGGGUUGUGAUAAUACAAAUUACAAAGAUUAAAAGAAGAAAAAGAGGAUUGAAAUAUACAGAGUGAUUCAAAAUGUAUGUUACAGCCAUUUAAUCAUGUAAAUAUUCAAAAUAGAGAAAAAUGUAUACUAUAAAAAAUCAUCAAAAAAUCUAAAAUGAUAAUUUGUAAUUUUUUUUUUACUGGGGGGGGCUUUUGAAGGUCAACUUUUGAUAUUUAAAUAGGAAUCUAUAUUUAAAUAUCUAUAAAUGAAGUAUAAAUUUUAAUAUAAGUUUAAAUAAAUUUUGGUGUUGACAUUUUUGAUUUCCGUCGACUUGUUGACGAGAUAUUCCACUUUGUAGUUUUGGUAAUUGAAUAGUAAUGGAACACUAUGCGCUUGUAUAAGAUUGAACCAUUAAGGUAGUUACAGUGGUCAGUUUCUCAAAAAAAAAAAAACUCGAAUGAGUAGUCUAAAAGUCUGAGCUAAUGAUUCGAAAGAAAUUCACGAAAAAGGUAAUUAUUUUUUCUUUACAGAGUGGGUUGGCUAAGGAAUUUCUCCCGUGGCCAAGACGCUAUGAAAAAAAUAGUUAUAUUUUGUAAGUUUUAAAAAGUUUCGUCGGUAUUCACGUCAGUGCCGACACAAGAUAAUAAAUUUACAAUAGAUUUGUAUUGAUUCGAAUUUUGUACAGAAAUUAUGUGAACCUAUAAACCCUGUGAUAAUGAUGGUGACGAUGUCAUAAAAGAGCUGACCGGCAUCGCCACUUACUAUUUUAUUUUGACUGUUUUACAAUGAUUUGAUUGUAAGAAAUACAAAAUCCUUGGAUACAUUUGAAUAUAUGCCCAUUUAAAUUAUUACAGGUAUUCUCGUACAGUAAGUAUUUCUAUAUACAAUUUUAAUCAAUACAUAUCUAUUGUAAAUGUGUGAUCUUCUGUCGGCACUGACGCGUGAAUAUCAACCGAACCUUUUUAAACUAAUAAGAUACAACGAUUUAAUUUGAAUCAUUUAGUUCACAUUGUUGUAAAUAUAAAUAAUACCAUACGUAUAUGCGGGUAUACGAUAUAUUCUCAGUAUUGUGAACACAACGUUACGAACGUGUGACGGCCUUGUGCGCGAUGCUAGACCACAUGUUAUAUUAUGAUUAUUGUUAUUGAUGUAAUACAUUAUACAGAGUCUUCUAAACGUCAUGUUAAAGUUAAAUUUUCCAUUAAAUACACACUUGAUUAUUCAUGUAAAAAAAAAUUGUUUGGAAUCAUAAUUCUAAAAUUUUAUGUUUUGUUCACUCUUAUUUUUGAGGGUGAAACCACUACCCAAUUUUGGGUAGUUUCAAAUAAUUUCAAAUAGCAAUCUACCUAUAUAAAAGAAAUUCGACAAAAAUAUUCCAUUUUAAUUUAAGUAGUUUGUAAAGGCCGCCAUACACGAUCAAAAAAUAUGUAUAACUAUCCGUCAACCUGUUGAUGAGAUAUUCUAUUUUUAAGUUUGGAUAGGUGGAGAUCCCCAUCCAAAAUGUUUUAUUUAUGAAUAGUACAAUUUUGUAAUUUGAUAAGUCAUGUAUAUUGUGUAUGGCUUAAUAACCAUAUAUCGGUAUUGUUGUAUUCAUCUCUGUUAACUAAUAUACUGAGUGAUAUCAAUUUUAAAAAAAAUAUAGAUAGCAUAUGAUGGCCAUAGAACUGCAAUUUCAAAAAUAUUAAUACUAAUUUGUUAUUCCAUAAUGUUUUGAAAACAUUGAAAUUCAAACUAAGUUUGAUAAACUUGUAAUGGAUAUAAUAUUAUAGUGUUUAGUUUCGAAUUAGUUUCAAUAACCUUAAAUCGAUUAGUAAUAGGAAACAAUUCUUAAAAUGGCCAUAGUGGGCGACUCCACCCUAUAGUACUGUUUUUAAGUUAUUAACAAUUUCAAGUAGUUUAAAAUGAAUACAUUUUAAAAUAAUUGGGAAAAACCCGAAAGAAAAUUAUAGUUAAAACGGCAAAUAUUUAACGGCGUUACAGUUUUCAUUGUUUUUAAAUUUUGUUCACGAUAUUUUCUACCAGAAAUAUUGCUCAAAUCGAAAAAGAAUAAGUGAUCGAAUUUGUUUCUUGUAACAUAUAAUCACUGUCAAAGAAAGUUGUUGUUUGAUAUCCAAAAUAGUUUUCAUAAUAAUUGGAAAAAAAAAUAAUACGAUAUUUUCAAUUACGGUGCGACGAUUUUAUUAUUUAACAUUUGUACGGCUUAUGUUUUCUACUGUAAAUAUUGCUUCAAUAAAAAAAUGACAAGAAACCCUUAUUGUUGAAUUUUUAACCCAGUUUGUGAGUGAAUAUUUGUUCUUUUCCCGCAUAAAAUGUUAUAAUCUCACCGAAGUCGAUAGAAUGUAAAAUGCAAAAGAAAAUUGAAUCACUGCCAAUGGCCGUUUCUUUCGAGGUCCGGCCGUCUGUGAUGUGAGAGUGAGACACAGGCGAUUUUUACUACGGUUUAUAAUAUUAUAAUAUUGUUACCAUGGUUAAAUAAACAUUACCUUGGUGCACAUCGAAACUGAUGUCAAGCGAAGUAAAUCGUACAAUGGAGUCAUUCUUAUUUAAGGGAAAUAUAACAUAUGGCCGUAGUUUAGUAUCAAUGUCACUAUCAAAAAAUAUAGUAGGUAUUUCAAUAAAAAAAUGUAAAAUUAGGAAAUAAUACGAAUACGAGCGAGGUAAGCGAACGGAAAAUCGUUUCACUUCCGUAAAAUAAACAUCAUUAUAAUAUUAUAUAAAUGGCCUGGUAGAGGAAAAAUAUUGGCCCGACUCAAAAUAUUUACAUCCCUAUUGAAAGACCGAAAUGUCGUUCCUGGUUCGAAUGUAUAUUUUACUCGAUUUCCUAUUUCUUAAUAAUCGUUUUUAUAUUCGUUGACCAAGCCUAAGUUCUAAACUUGACGAAACCAAGAUUGCGUUAAUUAUUUUUGAAUUUAUUAGACCGUAUAUUUCUACAAUAGCUUUAUAAUUAUUAUGUAUUGAUUACUCAUAAUCCACAAUCACAAAUGUUGGAUAAAAUAAUAAAUAACGUUAAUUAAGUGUAUUGAAAUUAUAGUGGCACGCCUGGUGAAAUGUUUAAGCAUUUCUUGUAUGUUUACACGAGUGACCAAAAUAGCGCACUGUCUGAAACGGAUAUUACAGAAUGGCUGAAAAGUGUUUCGCCCAUGUACACCAUCAUAAUAAUAUUAACAUAUACCUAAUGUAUUAUGAUAAAAAGUUAUUCAUUCGAUUUCAUUUAUUGUAUCCUUCAGAUAAUGGCAAUUUCACUGUAUACGGGCACUUUUCGUGAAAUUGAUGUUCACUCCGUGAAAAUUUCGAUUAGGUACACUAAACGGAUUCGACAUACAUUGUGUAUUUUGGAUAUUUAUUUUACACCCAAACAAAAAUUAAAUUGCAUUCAAUUUGUGAAAUGCGCUGCAGUAUUAUAAUUCAGCGGUAAUAUUAUUUGUAGGAAAUAUAUCGACACGAUGGUAUAUAAUCGGUUAGUAAACGAGUAAAACAACAAUAUUACCAACGAAAUCAAUAAAAUAAUAUUAUGCAAAAUUAUUUUCCAUAAUAUGUAUUAUUAUUAUUAUUAUUAGCUCGAGCUCAUUCGAAUGUUCCCAUUAUAAUAUGCAAUGUGUCAAAUAAAAUGUUAUUAUAAUGUACAAAAUAAUAUGCAGACAAUCAGUCACGCCGACGACGGUGAUAAUAAGCAGUUGCUCGUUUUUUGUAUUCGUUUUUUUUUGGUUUUUUUUUUUUUUUUAAAGAUAAAUAUGUGUACCAUUUGAAUGUACGGCAAAAAAUAAAAUAAUUAUAAUAUACAUAAAUAAUGCGGUUGCAGGAAAUACAACUGAAUAAUACGAACAACGCGAGAAUACCUACUUAUAGAAUAAUAUAUUAUUAUAUUAUAAUAUAUAAACAAUGUAUUUUUAUAAUUUAUAAUUAUAAUAUACAAUGAAAUAGUUAAUUAAAUGGGCAUUUAUUCAAACGAACCCAGGAAUUAAUUUAUUUCCUACAAUCAAAACAUUGUAAAACAGGUAAAAUAAAAUAGUAAGUGACGACGUCAGUCAACCCUUUUAUGACAUCGCCGCCAUUAUUAUCGCAGGGUUUAUAGGUUCACAUAAUUUUUAUACAAAACUAUGAUCUUCUGUCAUCACUGACGUGAAUGUCCACCGAAAUUUUUAUAAACUAAUAAAAUACGAGUAAAACAGUUUUCUUGGAAGUUUUUAGUUACACUGUUGUAAAUAUAAAAAUAAUACUAUACAAAACAUUUUCAGUAUUACGUGAGUAUAACGUUAAAAGCGUGUGACGGCCUUGUGCGCGAUGCGAGACCUUACAUUUUCAUAUUAUUAUUGUUAUCAUUGUAAUAUUGUUUGUCUUUAUCCGAAAACCUUUUACACAAAUAUUACUGAACUGGUAUAAUAUAUUAUAGAGCACAGUCAGGUCUGGUUUGAGAGCGUUUAAACACACCUAAGAAAACUUGGAAACUUUGAAAUAUGUACUUUCCAUCAAUCCGUUGACGAGAUAUUCAAUUUUUAAGUUUAGGUAGGGUGAGACGUAGCACUUCUUUUUAAAAUAGAAAGCUGUAGCUAAUUGAAAUCAAUUAACGAAUAUGACGUAGUAACGAAAUGCGCAGUAUUUUUUUUUAAAAUUAUGGAUUAUUGUUUAAUUCUGUUUAUUAAAAAUUCAAACAAUUAUUUUUUCUUAAUCAUUAUGUCAAAAGAACUAUCAUAAUUGAUAGUCUACUCCACAGAUGAUAUUUUGUUGUUGUGGUUGGUAAACGGUUGUUGUCGAUAUUAUGUUAUCAUUAUAAUAAUAUUAUUAUGAUUAUGGAUCUAACAAUCUUCGUGAUUAUGAUAACAAUAAAAAAAAAAAUACGGACAUUUUUCACACGUGGGCAACUGUUGUUGGUGAGAAGUUGAGAAGGUAGAGGUGAAAUUUAAUGUAUAUCUGUACCUAUGCAACAAUUAACCAUUGCUAACGAAAAACAAUUCUGAGCGGAGUUCGGUUAAUAGUGUUGCUAUUUCGAAAAUAUAUACGUCAUAUUAUGGUAAAAUAACUACAAAAGCAUUACAUAUUUUCUUUAAUAGUAUUUGUUUAAUAUUGUACCUUUUUUCCGGUUAAAUUUGUCGAAAAUAUAAUAUCAAAUUAUAGUUAAAUAUUUUGGUGUAAUUUUUAUUAAACUUAAUGUAUAUAAUAUUUAUAUUAGGAUUUACGAAUUUGUAAAUUUUACAGUGGAUACGGGAGAAAUUGAAUAAUAUUUCGGAAUGCACAUUUUGCGCAUAUAGACUAUUAUAGUCACGUAUUUAAAUUAAAACUCUUAUACGGCUUAUAGAUUUUUGUCCCACUGCUCGCCAAUCCGGAAAAUCAUAAAAAUUGGGCCACUGUUGUUUCGCUAGAUGUUAAAGAACACGUGCACAGUCUUAAAAGUACUGUGUAUCAAGUAAAAGGCCAAAUAAACGGGCAAACUAUUUUACCGAUGCCAGUUGGCGUGGAGCGUUUAGAUAUUAUUGAGAAAACCGUGAAAGAAAGGUAAAUAAGUCAAUUUUUUAAAUAAACGUAUUGCACAUUAAUAUAUAUAUAGUGCAAUGUAUUACCAGUAGUUAAGUAAGGUGUACCUAUAGUGAAAAUGAAAACGAAAAGAAUAAUUAAACUUGAAUCACGGGCUAUGAUUUUUUUGAAAAGGUUUUAUAUUUAUUUAUUUCGAACUCACAGGUUUAUGUUCGUAUAGUGUGUGUGUGUGUGUGUGUGUGUGUGUGUGUUACAUCUCAUGGAUACAUUAUUAUUACAGCAGAAAAACCACGUUUUAUUUUAUCAGUAUAUAAAUACUUGGUGAGACAUCGAAGGUUAUUAUGAUAGUAAAGUAGUAUAGAAUAAUUACGAUUGCAGUAGCAAUAUGUCUACUGUCUAGAUAAUGAGUUCAAUGGUAUACUUAAUGUUUUAUAAAAUAUAUACAGAGGUUUGUUAAAGUGGUACAUUAUUUAAUGGCGGGAAUAAAUACUAAUUGUUUCAACAUAUGAAUACUAUAACAAUUAUAAUAAAUAUCAUAUUAUAAAACAAGCUUCUCGUAAAUUAUUGUAUACCUGUACGGUUCGUUGAAAAAUAUGUACUAUAAUAUAGGUACAUGAUAAAAUCUAAAAUGUUUAUUAUUACAAGUUUAUUAUGAUUAUACCUUGUUAGGCAAUGAAUUAUGAGAUUUCGUCAUAACGUUAGGUACCCCGAUAACUUCAAUUUUUAAUAAUGUGAAAAAUGGCAUGGUUACAACUAAGGAUGUGAGUGGGUCUUCAGCACACCCUAAUUUUAAAUUAGCACCACUCCCCCCCCCUUAAAAAAAACUCAAUAAGCUUUCUUAUAAGUAAUGAUUAAAUUUUUUUAUCCAUAUUAUUUUUCAUAAUUAAUGAGCAGAACUAAAUACAGGGUUCCUACAAACAAUGCGUGUGUGUAUAAUAAAUAAUGAUAAAAUAAUUAUGAUAAAUCUGUAUCUGUAUAUACAAAAUUGUAAAUGAAAGGCGUAGUUGGCUAUUGUAAGAGUCGUGUAAAGUGGAUUGUAGGAGCAUAGCCUCCAUGGGUCUUUGAUGUGUCGAUAAUUUUAGCACUUACAAAGUUGGUGGUCUAGUUGCACCUAUGAAGAAUGGUGGAAUAAUAGAGAAUGGAAUGGGAAUGGUCCAUUAUUGUACUAAAGGCCUUAAUUAUACAAGAAACAAAUGUAAAAAAAAUACCGUAGAAUGGGGUACCCAUUUGUUUUCAAUGCGAAUCAUUAUUAGGUAUUAUUUACCGAUUAGAUGUAUUAAAAUAGAAUAAAAGUUUGAUUAAACUUUAAAAUUACCUACACAAUAUUAUCACAAAGUGAAAUUUACAAACAAGUAUUUUAUAUAUAUAUAUAUAUAUAUAUAUUUUUUUUUAUAAAGCGAUGGCAAAAUAGUCGAUUUACAUUUUAAAUCAGCUGUCGAAGGUGUUAUUAUAAAAUGGGCAACUCAAAUAAGCGAAGUAUUGAGCGCAGAUUCAACGUCUACACUUAAGAGUAAUCAACACUUGACUCCAUGGGCCGGUAUAACUCAAAUUAAUAUUUUUAUAUUAGUAAUAAUAUCAUUUGACAUUCGACUAAAACGUGUGUACUUAAUACAAUAGUGCACCACGUAUUAUUGUUAAAUUUUUAAACUAUUAUAAUUAGUAGAAAAAAAAAAACAAGAUUACACAUAGGUAGGUACUGAAUUUAAUUAGAAAUUUAUUAAAAAUUAAAUAUUUAUUAGAAGUGGCGUUCUGGAACAACCGAGUACAAAAUUUAGAAUAUAUUUUCGAACAGUUAAGAAACGGACAGAUAACAAAGAUGACUACAAUCGUUCAACUGACCAACAGUGCUUAUUAUCCGUGCUUAAAGAAUAUCCACGCGAACGUUAUUUCUGGUAGUUUAAGUUAAUGUAGUGAAUGAGUAUCCACUGCGUAAUACAGUGUGUGCAAUCGUGACGUUUAUACUUCAAAUAAAUGAUUUUGCAGCUCUAGAAGAAGCCAAAGAUAUUGUUCGCUAUUUGAAGCCGUUGCAAAAACAUUUUAAAUUAUUAGAAGAAACCGAUUUCGGCGACAUAGGUGCGUGUUUAAGUCCGUUAAUGCACGUCGUGUGCCUAGUUUGGUCCAAUUCUCAAUUUUACUGUAGUUCCGGAAAAAUCAUUGUUCUUUUAAAGGAGAUAUGCAAUUUGUUAAUCGCACAGGUUAGCGGUUAGGUUUACGAUAAUUUUAUAGAAACAGAUUAUUAAUAAUAAUAUAAAUAAGUAAAAAUGUAUGUACCUGCAGGCAGUAAGAUAUUUGGAUCCAUCGUCUAUAUUUCAAAGUGACAUUCAUGAAACAAAAUUGCGAGUUCGCCAUUGUAUAUUUAUUUUUGAAAAAUUUAAGUACGAGUACCCACAUGCAGUGCUCGAACUGGACAAAUAAAAUAAGAGGGACUGUGUGACUUAAAAAAAAUUAGUGUCCCUUGUAAUCAUUGAACAAUUAUAAUUAUUCCAGAGAGAAAGACGAUGCGUUUUUCCUAUUAUUCCGGAUAUAACGUUCAAUUCAUAUUUUAACAUUAAAAACUAGUUCAUCGUUUUUAAAUGACUGUAAAAUUUCAAAAAAUCAAUUAAAAAAAAACAAACGCACCGUCUUGCCCUCCAGAAUAUUAUCCUCUCUUAAUUUUAUAAUAGGUACUUUUAUUCGGAACGAUUCGGCAAUGUGGGGGGGGGCAACUUCACAGACGUCAAUCAUUUUCACGCAGGCUUCAUUUUUGCUUAUAUAUUUAUUUUAUUCUAUAUAUUAUAUAUUAGUAUAUUAUGUAUAGAACUGUAAAUUUAACCUAUUAAAGAAGUAUUUAAUUCUCCCAAAAAAGAAUUAAAAUUUAAAAAACAUCUUCGAGCAGCAUACUUAUAUGUAUUGUAUUAUAGUUUCAAUGAGCAUAUUAGAGGUUUCAAAUUUCAAACCCUGCUCCUACCAAUUUUAUGUUCGGAUUUUAUCAUUAUAAAUAUUACUUAUAAUAUUAAGUUUUUAAAAAAUAUUUACUAUAUUGAAUAUGAUAUUUUUUAACAAAUAUUUUUUUCUAAAAUAUCGUUAUUUGCAAAAAGAAAAGUACCAACCCUUUGUUCCUCUGCCCAGUUCGUUCACUGCUUAUAAGUAUUAUAACAAUAUUUAUGUUUAUGGAUUAUGAGUCAGUUUUAUUUGUAUACGUUUUACCAUAGGAAUAUAUUCAAAGAAUAUCGUCGAAAUUUACAUACUUAUUUUAAAAAUGGAGCAACGCCACUUUUGUGGACGUUUCAUCCGAAUAUUAUUUUUAACCGAACCGAUUUGUUCAUCAGAAGAUUACAGAUUAUCGAAGUAAACAUUUUAUUCAUUACUUAAUGCAAAUGUGUACGUUAUAUUUUGUUACCUACUUAUAUUAGCUUUUAUGUACAAAUUCGUUUUUAGUGGUUUUUCGAUACAGUGGUCGAAUUUACAAAGCUGGAAAGGAUUGAAUUCAGUGGACUUAAAGGUCGAUUGCUCAGUGCUCGUAUUACUGAAAUAUAUUCUGAUUUCAACGAACAAUUUUCGUUGUUUUCUAGUAAAGCGUACGAUGUUCUUGAACCGGAAGAUGAACGUUUCGAAAUAGAUUACAAACAGUUCAAAGAAAGCAUUAAGGAUUUGGAUCAUCGUCUAGCAUUUACGCUUAGUCAGGCGUUUGAUGAUUGUCAUAAUUUAGAUGGCGUUUUCAAGGUUUGUAUAGCUACAAUAUACCUAAUUUUAAAUUAUUUUGUCAUCAUUAUCGUAUAGCUACGAUAAUGAUGACAACCCAGUGACGCGACUAUAGGGGUCGCGUCAUUGGGUCAACCCAAAGUUCAAACUUUGGUUUUUAGUAAUAUAUUGAAUAAUGUAAUAAUUUUAGUAGUGCGAUUAUAGUAUUAUUAUUAUAGUUAAUUGAGAUUGUCGGAGUGGUAAUGGAUCGUUGUCAAAUGAAAGACAUGUUUGCAAAUAGCUAUGGUAAAAUUUUAAACAUGUUGUCAGCCGAAGUUGCGAUUUGUAAAGUUCGUAGAUAUGCACGUGUACUUUAAUUUUAUAUUAAAAAUGACGAUUUUUUUACAGAAUUUGUUUGAAAGCCAACAUACAGCUAUUAGAACUCAGAGUUCAACGAUCCUUGAUAAACUAAUGCCACCAAUAGCGGGUUCUUUAAAAUGGUCAUCGUCCCUUAAGGCUAGAAUCGAACAUCCAAUACAAUGUUUUAAAAAUUUGGAUCAUCCGUAAGACACGAAUUUCGGUUAAUAUUGAAUUCACAAUAAAUUAAUAAGCUUACGUUAUAGAAUCGUUCAGUCAGAAUCUGCCCAAUUAAUUAUAAAAGACGUAGAUGAAAUGAUUACUUCUUUGAACAAACUUGAAACGGAUUUGUUAGAAAACUGGAAAGUCACUGUAUCAACAAAAUGCGAAGAACUAUUAAAAUUGCCAUUGUUUGUUCGUAGAUCCAAGUGCAACGAGUUACAACUCAAUUUUCAUCCAGAGGUAAAUCAAAUCUCAAAGUCGCAUUAUUUAACAUUAAUUUUAAUAAUAAAAAAAAAUAUUUUUUCAGUUAGUGGCGAUAUUAAGAGAAGUUCAUUAUUUUCUUUCAUACGAAUUAAACGAUGUACCAAUCGAAGCAUUGAAAUUCUAUGAAAGGGAAGAUAUAUUUAGAAUAUAUUGUAUUAAUCUUAACGACACCAAAGAAUGGUAAGCUGAUAACUAAAUAAAACACGAAAAUCACUGUAUUAUAAUUCAUUAUAAUAAUUUAUUCUAAUUAUAAAAUGCAUUAGUUAUAAUAAAUUGAGAAACAAUAGUCGAGAAAUCGAAUUUCAGUUGGUUCAAGAAAAAAUCGAAGAAAUUGACGAGUUAAUUAAAAAAGGAGAAUAUUCUUUAAAUUGGAAUUCUGAAGGUAUACAGUAUUAACGUUUAUAAAACGGAUAAUAAUUUUAAAAAUAAUUAUCGAAUUAACAAUAUUAUAAUAGGUCUUAACGAAUACAUUGGAAGUGUUCAAGAUCUUGUAAAUAAGUUGUAUCGUAGAGUGCAAAAAACACAAGAAAAUAUAAAACGAAUGCGAUCAGCGAUAUCUUCUUGGGCUAGACUCCCUGUGUUAUGUCGAAAGGAUAAUAAAAGGGAAUCUUUAUUAGCAAUCGACGAUCGCACCGAACGAUUUUCUAAAAGGUUCCCUACAUUAUAAACUAUACAGUUGUAGAUAGUUAUUAAUACAAUUAUAAUUGUGUUUUUAGUUAAUUCAAUUUGAAAUGUUUAAUUAUUUAUAUCUAUUAAAUUAUAAACAUUUUUAUUUACUAGACGGAAAGAAAUUGAAAAAGCAGCUGCUGACAUUCAUAAACUUCUUCAAGAAAAUUGUGUAUUAUUUGGUAUGCAGGAUCAAACAAAUCUUAAACAAUGGCAAAAUUAUAAGGCUUUCAUAGAUUCUAUUGUCGCGGAUGCUCUGUUGAAUGCAAUAGGAUGCAGGUGGAAAUAUACAAAUUAUGCAAUUAUUUAUAGUAUUAUAAUACGUAUUAAAAUUCGACCAAACUAUAAUCCCAAUUUUUUUUUUUUAAUGUAUAUUAUUUAGCUUGUGUUACAUAGUAGAGAAUAUGAUUCCAAGAUCUUCGCACGCGCCAUUGUUCGAAGCUUGUCUUGAGCUACACGAACCGGAUCUAGUUUUUACACCUUCGUUAGAUUCAACCGUCGAAGGAAAUUUUUGUUCCAUCAUUGAAGGAAUAAUCAUAGAAAUAAUAGACCUUUCUAAACUUAUGCCGCGGAUCUGUGAUAAAAAUAAUACUCACGAUUAUUUUGUAAGCCAAAUGCAUUACUUUUUAUCUUUAAAAUAUAAUGUUAUUUACUUAUUAUUUUUUUACCCUACUAUAGGAAGAAAUGAAUUCUAAUCAAGAUAUAUGUGAUAUGAGGGAAGAUAUUAUGAAUACAGUAACUCGGGUGAUCGAAGAGGUGAUUUAUAAUAUUCAUACAUCAAACCAUAAUACCAUAUACAUUAUUUUAUUUGUUUAAAUACAUUUUAACUAUAACACAAUGUUUUACAACUAGGCAAACAACUACUGUAUAAAUUUCGAAAAUUAUUCUUAUUUAUGGUUGGACGACCGAGAACUUUAUAUGCAGCAUUUUUUACGAUACGGACAUCCGCUUUCAAUAGAAGAAUACGAAAAUAUGUCAUUAGACGAAACGUAUACACCUCCAGUUGUGAGUCCCACUAUGGAACAGUUCAAAGAACAAGUAGGGCCCUAUAUAAAUGAUUUAAAAAUAAUUAAAAAUAAAUAAUAAUAAAAUGAUUUUCAUUUGUCUAAUAUAUUUUUUAUGUCAUCAGAUCGAUAAUUUUGAAAAUCUUUACUGUGAAAUAGAACAAUUGAAAUCGGUCCAAGUAUUCGAUUCGUGGUUUCAAGUAGACAUGCGACCGUUCAAACAAGCAUUAUUAAAUACUGUUUGCAAAUGGAGCCAUAUGUUCAAACAGCAUUUGAUGAACAAUGUGACUAAUAGGUAAAAAAGUUAUAAAAAGAAAUAAACAGUUUCAUUAUGUAGUCAAGAGGCCCGGUGCUAGUGCGUUUUAUGGCUCAAAAACACGCUUUACGGAAAAAACUCAGGCCUCGUAGAGUGGUGCGAUUUCGAUGAUUAUUAUUUUUGUUGGAAAGAUGAAGACGUGGACGUCAUACAGUUUGCAUUGAAAUCUGUUUUUACAUUUUUUUAUCACAAAUUAUAUAAUAUGUUUUUAAAAAAAGAACUAUUUUUAACUUCUUUUUACUUACUAUUUUUUAUACCAUUAAUUUCAAUCAAAUGAAAAAUCGAAGCUCAAUGUUAACGAUGAGUUAUUUUGGCCGCACCACUUUCCCUAAAUGGGUAUCGAGUAGCAGAUUAGUGGAAAAUUCUUAUCUUUAAUGUGCUAAUUGGAAUAUUAAAACUCAUUUUUACAUUUUUUAAAAAUAAAAAAAAUUUAAAAACCAACACUGGGCCCCUUGAAUGUAAUUCAAUUUUUGGGAUACGAUUUUGAAAUAUAUUAUGUGUUAGUCUUUUUGAUUUGGCCAAGUUUAUACAAGACGCGGAUGGUGGUUUGAUGCAACCGGUGAUGGAGGGAGAUUAUGAAGUUCUCGUUAGCGUUAUGGGUUAUUUAUAUAACGUAAAAGAACGACAAUCUACUACAGAUGAAAUGUUUCAACCACUAACAGACACAAUACAGUUGCUAAAAUAUUAUGAUAUGGAACUUUCAGAGGAAGUCAACGUUCUUUUACAGGUUUUAAAUUAAUAAAAAAAAAAAAAAUUACCCCAUCUACUAUGUAAUAAUCGAUAUUUAGGAGCUUCCGGAACUUUGGAAUAACACUUGCAAAUUGGCCAUUAAUAUUAAACAACAAGUAGCUCCUCUGCAAGCGAUCGAAGUUAAUAAUAUACGUAACAGAAUUUCGCAUUUCGAUAGCCGGAACAGUUAUUUCAGAGAAAUUUUCAAAAAAGCUGAAAUUUUUAAGUAGUUAUGCCAAUUUAUUGUUUCUCAAAAACGAAUAUAAAGUAUACUGAAUAAUAUAGUUUAAUAAUAUUUUAGAUACGAAUGUCCUUAUCCAUACUUUGUAUUAAACGAUGCCAAUUCUAAGAUAGUAGAUUUCGAAUUGAACAUGGCUCAAAUACAAGAGUCUGCAUCACUGUUCGAAGUAAACGUUCCGGAAUUUAAAUUACUCAAACAGUGUAGAAAAGAACUAAAAUUAUUAAAAGUUUGUAUAGUGUUCCUACUUUUUUUUCUUUUGAAAUGUAUAUUAAUGUUCCUUGCAUAUUUCUAGCAACUUUGGGACUAUGUCCAUUUAGUUCAUUCGUGUAUAAAUGAUUGGAAAACUACACCUUGGCGUAAGGUAGAUGUUGAAAAUAUGGAUAUAGAAUGUAAAAAGUUUGCAAAAGAAAUCAGAGGUUUGUAGAUUAAUAACUGUAAUUAAUAGGGUGACCAUUAUUUUGGACUUGAGCACUUGAGUCAUUUGCAAGUUCUAUAUGCUAGAAAAAAAAUUAAAAAAUAGUGACCUUCAAAAUUGUAUAGCUUUAUCUCAAAUCUCAAUAUUAACUCGUACCAGAAGUAAUUUAAUGUUUUAUCUUUAAAUAACAAAAAAAAAAAAAAAAAUGACAAUAAGUUGUAGUCAUUAUUAUUUUUCAGGUUCAUAAAAUAUUAGAAAAAUUCGGAAUAAGUAGUAUGGAUAAUUUAGGGAUUUAUUAUAAGUACUUAAAAAACCAAAUGUUUUACAAUUAUUUUAUUUUCGUGUAUACACAACGUAGCACAAUGAUCAAAUAUAAUUUAUUUCUAGUUUUUGUGUGCUAAAUGUCCUUUGUUUUUACUAAAAAUGAUAUUUAAUCAUUCAUUAAUAUAGGUACCAGCUCUAUAAGUUAGUAAUAUUUAAUGUCGAUUUCUAAAGUUCAAAAAGACGAACAUACUUCGCACGUGUGUGCAGCCACUGUUAUAAGUGGGAAGUCGGGAAGGUAGGAUAGGUACGGGAAUUGAAUGUAUAUCUGUAAGCAACGAUAAACCACUAAUAAAAAAAAAAACGAUUUUGAGCGGAGUUCAGGAGAUAGUGUUGCUUUGUCAACAAUAUUUAAGUCAUAUUAUGGUAAAAUAAUCAAAAAGACAUUAUGUAUUUUCUUUAAUAAUAUUUGCUUAAUAUUGCACCGAUUAUUUAUUAAUAAUAUUUUAUCUAUUUUCCCAUUCUCCCGUUUUUCCUCCAUUUUUUCGGUUUUUCCAAUAUAUAGAGAAAACUCCCGAGAAAAUCAAAAAAUGACCUCCUUAAAGUACCUCUCCAGUUAGAUUUUUUUUCAGAAAAAAUUCUUUCAUUGUAAAUCGGAGCAAUAUUGUUGGUAGAAAAGUUGUACACAGAUAAAAAAAAUACAUCAUUGUAAAACCAUAUGCUUCUUCGCUACACUUAAAAUCUAAAAUUUGAUUAUUGCUCUAGAGCAAUAUUGUGUUUUAUAACUAUAAAUAACACAACAAAUUAAUAAAUACAAAUAUUCUUGAAUAAUCUUUAAUUAGGUAAAAACUGUGAACAUGCACGGAUUUUAUGUUUAUAGUUUGUGUGAAAAUGAAAACUAGAACUGGUAGGUAUAUCAAUGUAUGAUUCAAUAUUAUUUUUUAUUGGAGGAUUAAAAACUUAGUACAUAAAAACAACAAAUAAAUUAGAUAAAUUAUAUUCAAUCAUUGAUAAUGAUUUUAAAACAUUUGAGUUUAAAGUACAAGGUCCUUAAUUUAUUAUUAUUCACAUCUUAUUCCGAAUUUUUUAAAUUUGUUACGACCCUGAAAAACAAUAAAAUCUAACAAAGCCAUUUUUUUUUCAAUAAAUCAAGGUUUUUUCUAUGUUCUUCCACUAAAAUAUAUAAUAAAGAGAAAUAAUUACUAAAUGGAUAUUCAUGGUUGUUGUAUUUUUAAGCCAGUGAGGGUAAUAUAACCCCCAACUCCCCACAUACGCCAUUGUCUAUACAUAAUAAGUAAAUUAUUUUAACUUAUCAUCAGGAUUGUAAUGUAUUCGUGACUUCGUGUCAUAUUAGAGGUACAUUAAUUAUCGUCACAGAAAUAAAAUAGUAUUAUACGAACAUUUAUUCACAGCCUUAGAUAAAGAGAUGAGAUCGUGGGACACCUAUACGUGUUUAGAGGCUACUGUUAAAAAUAUGGUAACGUCAUUGAGAGCUGUCGGUGAAUUACAAAAUCCAGCGAUUCGCGAACGUCAUUGGAAACAACUUAUGACUUCUACAAAAGUAAGAUACACACAAUUUUCGUACUUAAUUCCCUAAUCAAACAAAUCAAUACAAAACAUGUUUACAGACUUUAGCCGAUUUACCUGAAGCGUAUGAUGUGAGUAAAUAAUCAAAACAUGAAAUGAUGUUCAUGUUGCUUGUUGUAUUUGUCUUUUGUGUGUGUUUGUGUGCAUUAUUGUGAUUUGUCCUAUUAUUUUGAGAAAUGUCAAAAAAAAAAAAAAAAAAAAAACAAUAACUUUAAGGCAUUUAUAUGCCUAAUAAAUGUAUAUACUAUACAAUUUACAUUUAUUUUCAUAAUAUAUAAUUAUAAAUAAAUAUACAAAUAUGUAUGUGUAAUAUUGUACAAAUUAUGUAUUCAAUGGUGUUUCAAAUUUAAUGUCGUGUGUAUAUUAUUAUUAAUAGGGGAAAACUUAAGCAAAUGUAGUUGAAAUUAAGUAAAUUGUAUAUUUAAAAACGUAUUUAAAUUAGACACACUGUUUCAAUUUUAGGUAAAGUUCGUGAUGGAUCAAGGAACGACUUUAGCUGAACUGUUAGCGUUAAACUUACAUGAAUGCGAAGACGACGUUAAAACUAUCGUAGAUAAAGCAGUGAAGGAAAUGUCUAUGGAAAAAAUGUUACGUGAACUUCAGACAACUUGGGCUGCAAUGGAAUUUUAUCAAGAAACGCAUAGCCGUACGGGAUGCAGCUUGUUAAGAGCAAGUGAAAAACUAAUUGAAACACUCGAAGAAAACCAAGUGAGUUUUUGCAAUAUCGAUCAGUACCUACUAAUCGUUAUUGUUAUUGAGUGUACUCGAUUACACCACGGCGUUCGCAAUUUAAAUAGAAAGUAACGUUACGGUCAUUGAACUAUGAUUUUAAUAAUACUGAUCUCGUUUGCCAUCAUAAUAUUUCCGUGGUAUCGAUUAAGUACCUGUCGAACCGUUAUUUAAAUUUAAAACGGUAUACAAUUUAAAAUUUAAAAUAACAAAAAAUGAAAACGUACCAGAUAAACUGACAGCCUUCGAGACACGAGAUUUAUAUACAUAAUUUUAUAAAAUAGGUAUUUCACAAUAUUUUUCUCACUUUAAUCACAGUUGUCAGUUCAGUAUACAAAGCACGCGAUGUUUAUAAAACAGUUUUUUUUUUUUUUAGAUCGAUUAUAUUUAAUAUUUUAUUUACAAGUUUAAACGUAUGUUUUUUUUUUUUGGUAAUUUUUAUUUAACAAAAGUUGCUUUUCUUAAAAAAAUAACAUGUUUUAAUUAUCAUCAAUUAAAAAUCUAAUUCCUAAUCAAUAUGUGUCUCGACUUUAAAGUGACAAUAUUAUAAUGUUGAACAAAAUUAAAGAGUUAUACUGUACAAACCGCAUUUAAACAAAUAUGUGUACAUUUCAUUAAUUCUAAAUAUUAUUUUAAUAUAGUGUUUGGAUUAUUAUUAUUAUCUUUUUUUUUUUUUGUGUCAGUAACUGCAGAGUUAUGUAAUUUUUUAAUCAUAUCUAUUAUUGCUCACAAAUUAUUACUGCAUUAUUAUUAUAUAGUUUGCAAACGAUAUAACAAUAUUCGUGUUUUUGUGUUUUUUAACUACACUUUUUUUUAUGAAUUUUUAUUGAGUCAAUUGAACUUCAAUUUACUUUGAAAAUAUACUAUUAUAUUUUAUUAUUAAUUUUUGACAUUUUUUUAAUAAUUCAAUGUCCAAGCGGGCAAUUUGUACAAUAAAAAUAAAAGUAUUCUUGUAAUCUAUGUAUUACACAUAGAUACAACAAUUAUGGCACGGUUGUAAAGAACAAAUCGGUAUUAAUCCGCAGGGAAAUUAUACUAAAAUUUGCAAGGCACAGUAUCAGGGAAGGGGUGAUUUUACUCAUAUAAUGUAGCGUGAGGUAGAAUUAGGGAAGCGGCAUGGUCUCUGGUGUGGUGGGUAAGUAUACGGUGUAAGAUACUUGACGGUAGAGUGGCUUUGUACACGGUGCCACCAAAGAGAGAAGUAAAGAUCGAUUUCAGAACGACGAGAGUUAGAAUGUUAUUAAGGGAGGCAAUGUAAGAACAUUAACUAUAAUAAUAUGGUCUAACCUUUUCUAUUUAUAUUAUAUUUCAUCUGUUAUAUAGUUAUACAAAUAAUAAUUAAUAUUAUUAAUUUGUUUUAACCAUUUAAGGUACAAUUGCAGAAUUUGAUGACUUCGAAGUUUGUAGCAUUUUUUUUGGAAGAAGUAUCAUCUUGGCAACAAAAGUUAAGUGUAGCAGAUCAAGUUAUAAAUUCAUGGUUUGAAGUACAACGGACAUGGAUGCAUUUAGAAUCGAUAUUUAUGAGUUCAGAUGAUAUUCGUAAGCAAUUACCAGAAGAUUCAGAACGAUUUUUCCGCAUUGAUUCUGAAUUUAAAGUAAAUUUGAGAGAUUUUGAUUUGUACUAAGAACAAUGUGGAAUUUUUUUUCAAGCAAAAGUAAAAUAUUUUUAGGAACUAAUGGCAAAUAUGUCAAAAACACCUAAAGUGAUUGAAGCCACGAAUAAACCAGGUUUAAUCAAACAUUUAGACGAUUUACAUGGUCAUUUAACAUUAUGUGAAAAAGCUCUGGCGGAAUAUUUAGAAACGAAACGUUUAGCUUUCCCGAGAUUCUAUUUUGUGUCUGCAGCCGAUCUCUUAGAUAUUCUUUCGAAUGGAAAUAACCCGGAUUUAGUCGUCAGGUAAAAUUAAAUUGAAUAUUACAGUUCCCGUAACUAUGGAGAUAGACAAUUUGUGAAUUUUUAUUAAACUUUUAAUAUCCCAAUUUAUUAACAGGGGGAAUAUUCAGGAAGUCACUUAUUACACCAACAAAACAAUUAGGGUUAAUUUAAAAUAGUUGGUAACUUUAUAAUAUUGGUUAAAUAUCAUAUUCGUAAAACAACACAGACUUAUUUUAAUACAAUAUGUAUAAUACUCGAGCAAAGUUAGUUAGGAAUCUAAUUAGUAAUUAACUAAUAGGAAUCCGGUUAAUAAUUUAAAUUUGGUUCAUAAACACGUAUACUAAAAAUAUAAAAAAUUUACUUCUUAUUUAAUGUAAUAAGAGAUAUUAUACCUAAUACCUAAUGGAAGUACAUUUUUUCAAAAAUAAUUUCCUCCCAAUUUUCGUUAUACAGAUUUAUAUUGUAUUUAUUACCUAGUAUUCUUAUUGAUUCAAGAUAAAAAAAAAAUGUGUACAAAUUGAGUAGAACUCGAUGUAUUCAGUUCUUAAAUAUUCAUUUAAAAAAAUUACAUUGAACAUAUUUGAUGUACACACAGUGUAUAUAAUUUUAAUUAUUUGUGAUUUUCAGUGCAAUCCGUAACAAAAUUGAGUGUACCAAUAAUUUUUAGAUAUUUUAUACUAACAAUUGUGUAAACUAUUAUUAUUAUUAUUAUUUCAGGCAUAUGAUAAAAUUAUUCGAUUCAAUGGCAUCGCUUGAAUUUAUCGAUUCAAAACCAACCGAAAAGAAAGUAGCUGUAGGAAUGCAUGCCAAGGACGGCGAAUACGUCAAAUUUAACGAAAACUGUGACUGCAGUGGCCCAGUAAGUAAUAUUGUGAAAUAUAUUCCAUUAUAAUCAUUAUUGUAAAUUAAUUUUAUCCUCCCCUUAUUUAUUCACCACUGUACACCGAUAACUGAUAGCCGAGGACCUUUCCGAUGACAUUUCAACGAAAACAAAAUAAUGGCCUUGGUUUUAUAUGUAGUUACCUACAGUACUUAGUAUAUUGGUACACUAUAUUUUUGUCACUGCACUAUAAUAUCUGUUUCAAUUUUAUAAUUUUUAAGACAUUUUUCGAUUUUAUAAAACGCCUUCGUAGAGAGAUCCGAAUUCAAUCAUUAUUUUUUUUUUCUAAAUCUUACCAAUUUCAAAUAUCCUUACAAACUAAAGUAUAAUAAAACGCUGGCAAUCAUAAUUGCAUUUACUUAUUAUUUGGGUUAUUUUGGCGGCGCUGCCGUUUUAAUAUACAAUUCAUAAACUAAUAAGCGUUUUGUUGUAAUUUGCUUUAAAUAGUUGCUUAACUGAACUCCGCUCAGAAUCGUUUUUUAUUAGAAAUUGUUUAUUAUUGCGCACAGAUAUAAGUUGAAUAACUCUAUGUAUCCUACUUUCCCAAUAUCCCACCUACAACAGUGACACACCCAUCAGUAGUUUCAGUUGCUUUUUUUUUUAUUAUUGCUUAAAAUAUACUAUGCAAAAUUAUCAUUACUUAUUCUGUUAUGAUGUUUCGAGACGCGUUAGCCUUCGAAAUAAUGAACUCAAGGUAAUUUGACGCACAUAAAAUUUAAGUAGAAUAUCACGUUCAUAAAAUUUGACACGGAAAUUAUCGUUAUAAUUAAUAUCAUUACAAUAACAAACGUGAAUUAUGUACCUAUAUUCUAACUAUAUUUACAAAAAAUUAACAAUAUUUUUCAUCAUUAUUCGAUAUUAAAUUUAAAAAAAUAAUACAGUAAAUAAUUCAGAUUCGAUGGUUUUAUUAUACUCUUUUAAUGCGUUUCAUCUUUUCUGGUUCAUUUUUACUUAUGAGUUAUUUUUUACUUUGCUCAUAUUUAUACAUCGAAUUACUAAAUUACCUUUACAAAUAAAAUACCUACGGUCUGAACUUAGGAUUAAAAAUAGAAAAGAGCUAAGUACGGUAUCUUGUUGUAUUUUUAUUGGAACAAUAAUUCUGGUGAAAAACAUAAACAAUUUCGUAAAAGUUGAAAAUAAUGAAACCGUAUGCCGUAAAUUUGUUAGUUUUUCAUUUUUCUUGUUUUUCCGGUUUUCAAAAAUGUAUUUAUUUAUUUUGAAAACUUCUUGGAAAAUCAAAAAAUGACCUCUUUAUUGUACCAACUAGAUAAAAUUUCAGUUCAGAAAAAGUGCUACACUUAACACAUCGGAGCAAGAUUUCACUUAUAAAACAUACUUAUAAACAGAAAAAAUACCAUAGUAAAACCAGUAGAUAGUUUGUUACGCUCCGAAGCUAAAAUCUAAAUAUGACCGCAACGAUGAACUAAGCCAAAAUUGACAGGCCUAAAUGAUAAAUAUUAAUCCAGUAAAUAAAACUAAUACCUAUACAUAAAUAUUAUAUAUGAUGCUUUUUUUUUUCUGUCUGUAAAUAACUUUUCGAAAUGAAAUCUUGCUUUGAUGUGUAAAGUGUAGUACCAUUUUUGAAAAUAAAUGUUAUCUAGUUGGUGCAUUGAAGAGGUUAUUUUUUUUUUGAUUUUCUAAGGGUUUUUCAAAAUAAUUGGGUAAAAACUGAAAAGAAAAUUAUAAGUAAAACAGCAAAUAUGAGCAGCGGAGUUAAUGAUUUCAUUGUUUUUAAUAUUUGCUCUAAUCGAAAAAUGACAAGAGAUCGAUAAUGUUCCUUUUAACAUAUUUAUCAAUUAAAGAAGGAACUCAUGCAUUUAUAUAAUAAUAAUGCCUAUUUAAAUAUUUUACUAUAAUAUGACAUAUAUAUUGUUGACAAAGCAUCACUAUCAACUGAACUCCGCUCAGAAUCGUUUUUUCGUUAGCAAUGGUUGCUUACAGAUAUACAUUACAUUUCCUUUUCUGUAUCCUACUUUUCCAACUUCCUACCUACAACAGUGACUGCACCCACGUGCGAAGUAUGUCCGUUUUCUUUUUAUAUUGUAAUUAUUAAAAAUAAUAUCAAACGUCAUAAAUCAGGGGGGUUGCUCCAAUAGCCCCUCUUUUUAUUCUUCUAGAAAUUAUUUACAACCCCAUUCCCAUUGAAAAUUCCUGUGAACCUCACUGAAUCCUUAGUUACGCUCGGAUAUAAGUAUUAUUACCAAGUUUCAAGUCUACGUAUUUAUAACCGAAUUACAGCAAAAAACUUCCAAAAUUUAAAAUUCUUUAAAAGUUGAAAAGUUUUGUCGAUGAUACCGUAAGAAAGUAAAUCAAAAAGGCAACAAAAAAGGUAUCUUGUGAUUUUUCAAUUAAAUCAUUCCUUCUGGUAGAAAACGUCGCCCAUGAUAAGUGUAUUAUACAACCGGUUUUAAAUUAAAAAUUCAUCAUCAAGUAUAUCACAAUCAAAAUGGUAUUUACGAGUAUUAACCAUUUUAAUAAUUUUGUUUUUACUUUAUUAUUUUAUUACAUAUAUUUUGUAUUAUUUUCCUAAUUUUCGUAAGUACUUGAAUAAUUUUUUAAUAAGAAAAUAAAUAAAAUAUUCGUUUUACUGUGCGAUCAUCAUUAUAUAUUUUCACUUACUUUUUUUCUUUGAGAGGGAGGGGAGUUGUUAAUAAUGACUAGUAAUACGUUCGUCUUACUUAAUGUUUUAUUAUUAUUCGCUGCAUUUUUAAUAAACCAAAAUUAUGCUGAUUAUUCAUGGUCAAUUUGUCAACAUGAAAUAAUAUUAUUUUUAAUCGCCAGCGGUUUGUAGGUUAGCGUGGUUAUAUAAUACUACUGUACGGUUCAGUGAUCUUUGUUUUAACUCACCUUGGUGUCUUUUUAUUUUUAGUUAUUUGUUUUUAUGACUGUGGAUGUUUUCUCUUUUGUAUAGAAAAAUCAUCAUUAGCCGUCGUAUGUAUAAAUCUGUUGAAAAACAAAGUUUUCUAAUUAGUAAACUUUUUUUGAAUGUAUGUUGUCACAGCUCACAAGUCACAAUUUACUAGUAACUACUCAAAAGUAAAAAUCCAAAUUUAUUAAAUUAGUAAUUACACCAUAAUAUUGAUAAAUUACAUGUUAUCACUAUAAUUCACUUGACAGUUUUACUAUUACUAUCAAUAAAUAAUUACAAAAAUGUUAAAUAAUUAAUUCUCUGUAGGUAUUAGUAUGACCACUUAUCCGUCACAAAAUAAUUAUAUUAUUAUCGAUUUAUCAAUGUUAUAAUAUUGUAGAGUUAACAAAACAAACCAUGCGGGCGACGCGUUACGCAGCGGUGAUAAUAAAAGAAUCCGCUUUGACUGUACGGGGGUUCAGAAUUCCCAAUCGACAAAUCAGAUAACAUGACUAUCGACAGUGCUCGACCCUUACCGAGUAUGUGUGUGUGUGUGUGUGUGUAAUGACGCCGUGAUUGGCGAUAUAUUUUUUUUGAGAUUCACUUUGUAUUUUGUAAAGAAGUUUCACUUCAAAAAUAUUAGAUCAUUAAAUAUUGAAAAUAUAAAAAAAAUUAGCCGCCCAGGGCAACAGCACCCUGUAGCUCUCCCCAAAAUACGGCCCUGCCGAUACGUCAUGUUUAAUUUUGGACCUUUCUUAGUAUUGCUUUACUAUAAUUAAACAAUAAUUUCCCAAUGCAUUUCCGUUUGUGAUAAUACACGGGUAAUUCGGACGUUGCGAUCGCGUCUCGUUUUAUUUUCAUUCAUUCAUAAAAUUAUGCCUUCAACCUUGUACAACUUCCGUACAAAUUGUAUCCAUUUAUUAUAUUAUAAAGAUGUUUGAAAAGUUUAUUCUUGAGGUAUCGAAUGAAGAACCAUUUUCUGGUCUUUUUAGAUUAAGCGGAUGGACCCAAUUUAACCAUUUCACUUUUUUUUGUUUUUGCUUUUAUUCGUGUUACUCGUAUACUGCGAACAUGUAACACAUGCUUCUAUAUCGUUUAAGCUUUCCAAAUUUGAAAAUAUUAAAUGAACCAAUAGUGGAUAGCAACGCGAAGUACUAUUGCACAUGCAUAGUCAUUUACGAUGUACAGUAACAAGAUGUCAAGUCUAGUAUAUCACAAAAUACAAAGUACUGGCGUGCUAUUUAUCUUUGAGAAACGCACGUAAAAUGCGUGGAAACACGCGUUCGAAUCGCCCAGUAUGUAAUCAGCUAUAAGCUUUAAUACGAACAUUAAAAUGUUGACUAAAAAUAGUAAUCGGUAUAUGAAAUAGAAUAAUUUCAUCUAUUAGUGAUUCCAGUACAAGAAAGCGAAAAUAUCAAAACAGGAGCAAUUCAUUUUUUGAUAUUUUUUUAAAUCGGAAAGCAAUUAGAGAAAUCUUAAAAAUAAAAAUCAUUAACAAAUUUCUAUUCACUGCGAGCAUUUUUAACUGAAUUAUAAAUAUAUUACUUUUGUAAAUUUCCCCGUUUAUCCGAUAUUUUAUCCCGGGUUUUCCAAGGUAUUAUAAAAACCAUUUGAAAAAACAAAAAAAUUACCUCCUUAGAAUACUAUGUUCUUAAAAUUUACUUUCAGAAAAGGUGCUACAAUUUAUAUAUUGGAACAAGAUUUCUGGUAGAAAAGUUUGUAUAACAAAUCGAGGGGUAAAUUUUUUACGUAAUUUUUAUUCAGCAUAAGUUUAUAAUAAGUAGUACAUCCUGGUAAAAAAAAAAAUUGAGGUACCGUAUAUUUUUUUUAUAAGAAUUUUAAUAUCAAAUUUUGAUUAAAUUCGAGAAAAAAUGUUUAAAUCGUCAGCGGAAACAAGACGUAGCAUUUUUUAAAUACUGAUCAAACGCCAUUAAUAAAUAAAAUAAAUAAUAUAAGCGAUAAAUGAGUCACCUUUAUGGAUUUUUGAAGGAACAGAAUGUAUACCGUAUUUGUGAGGGAAAUCACGGGAAAAUAACGGUAAUGUAACAUAUUAGAGCUACCUGUUUCUUAAAUUUUCCAAACAAAUUUUUUGAAAAAUGUCAUUACUUACUUUUUGAAAUAUAGAACGUUCAAUGAUUAAAGAAUCGCUCUGAUAUAACAAACACAAUACAGUGCUAAAGUAUCGUAAUUUAUAUAUAUAUAUAUAUAUAUAAAAUAUAAUAUAAUAUAAUGUAUAUAAAAUUUAUUCUGCACAGGUUAUCAGUGUAUACUUAUAUUAUUAUUGUAUCAAUAUACAAUAAUAAUAUAAUUGUAUUUAUUUUUUAAUUAUUUAGCUCACGGUCAUAUUAUACACACCUGUCUUUUGAUAAAGUGUCAAAUAGGUAUUACGAUUUCGUUAUACCUAUCCAAUUAUAUUACAUAAUAGUUUCAACUAUCUGCGGCGUGAAUGUAUGGAUAGGUGAAUACGUGCAAAAAUGUAGUUCUAGACCGGGAAUAACUUAUAUGCAGGGUUGGACUAAGUUAAAAUUUCGUACCGGGAAACUAAAAACAACCGACCCACUUAAAUGUUAAUAUGAUAAAAGUUGCUCAUAUAAAAACGAAAAAUGUGGUUUGAGAGUUUGGGGAUUUUAACUCUUAAAGACUGUUUGGAUAAUACUAAACUGUAAAAAUCUUUAAAUACCUAAAAAAAAUGUAUAGAUAUUAGAUAAGUAAUACACUCUCCUUAUUGUCAUGAAUACGAGAAAUAGUUAAAAGAAAAGAUUCAAUUAAUUCUUAUUUGAUUUGAUUUUUUUUUUUUUUUUGUGAUUUAGCGUGAUUUUUAUUUGGUAUGUACAAUGUGGAUGAAAUUAUUUAGUCAGACAGACAUUUUUGAAAAUUUAACAUGAAUUAUGAAUUGUAAUUAAUAGUCGAAAAUAAAGUUGUUUUUUUUAUAUGUGAACACUUCUACUAGAAAGCUUUCUCUAAUGUAUAUGAUUUAGGCUUUUUUCUGAAAGGAAAUUUUCUUGGGGUGAUACUUUAAAGAGUAUUCUCAUCAUAUUGGAAAAACCGAAAAAACGGGAAAAUCUACGAAGUAUAGGUAUUAGUUGAAAAAUAUUUCAGCCUUUAAUUUCCUGUGAACAACUUUUAUACCAACAAUUUGGCUUCGAUUAACAAUGAUAUCAAUUUUUCUGAAAAGAAAUCUAGCUGGGAAGGUACUUAAAGGAGGUAUUUUUUCGAUUUUCCAAAGAGUUUUUCCAGAAAAUAUUGAAAACCGGGAGGAACAUGGGAAAACCUAGAAAAAUGUAGGGAAAACGGGAAAAUCGGUACAAUAUUAAGCAAAUACUAUUAAAGAAAAUAUAUAAUGUCUAUUUAAUUAUGUUACCAUAAUAUGAUAUAUAUAUAUAUAUAUAUAUUGUUGAAAAUGCAUCACUAUUAACUAAACUCCGCUCAGAAUCGUUUUUCGUUAGCAAUGGUUAAUCGUUGCAAAUAUACAUUAAAUUCCCUUCUGUAUCUUACCUCCCUAACUCCCCACCGACAACAGUGGCUGCACCCGUUCCCAUUAUCCUAAGACAGCUUUUUUUAGAUUUGUGUUUAUUGGUUUUAUUUUAUUGAAAUUGGUUUUGCAAUGACAAUUAUAUUUUUUUUCUGUGAACAUCUUUUCUACACGAAACUUUGAUCUGCUUUUCUAAACGGAAAUUUUCUAGUACCAGGUUUAUGCUUGUCACGAAUGAAUCGACGUCGGCCGUCAUUAGGGGAAUGAAUAGCGGUGAAUAGUAGGCGUUGACAAACAAUUAUUAGGAUUAAGUAUAACCCAAUGACGUAUUUAGGGGAGGAACCCAAGAGGGGUGGGCCACUGCUGUUGGGAAGGUAGAGGGUAAAUUGAAUAUACAUAGAUAUCUGUACGCAACGAUUAACCAUUGCUAACGAAAAACGAUUAUGAGCGAAGCUCGGUUAAUAAUAUUGCUUUUUCAACAAUAUAUGUGUCUAAAGUAAUUUUCAUAAUAAUUGUGAAGAACUAAAAAGACGAAGUAUACGAUUUAUUUAAAUUACAGCGCAACGGUUUUAUUGUUUAAAAUUGUUAAGAUUAUAUUUUUCUACCAGAAAUCCAUUGUUCCAAAUGUCAAGAAUAGUAUAUUUUUAGAAAGAAUAUUGUGUCUAAUUUUCGAUUGAGAAAGUUGUUUGAUUUUUCAUACAGUAUAUAAAUAUAUAGAAUCAGGUUUUUUUAUUGUUAUUCGGUUAAACAAUUUUCUACAGACCUGUAGUGUUCACAAAACACUUAUAUUGAUCUUUGGUAGACAUGGUAAAAUUUUCUAAGUAUUUUAACUAUUUUUAGACUAUUUAUAGGUAUUUGAUAUUUUUAUGUUUUUAUAAUAUGUACUUUUAUUUGGCAUAUGUAUCUGUUAUUAAAAUGAUAACUAAAGAUUGUGUGAUUUGGGGAUGAAAAUACAAAUUUAAUUGUUUACCAAAUCGAUGUCCUAUUCGAAGAAACGCCAAGAAAAAAAAAAAUUGAAACAUAUCUAAUAUUAACAGCUCUAGAAAAAUCCGUCGAACAUAGUGGGGCACACUGUAUGUAUAUUUCUUUUUUGAAAAGCCACUAUUGUACCAUCUUGUCUUAAAAGAUAAUGACGCCUCCUUAAAACGUGGCGCCCGGGGCCAAUGCCCUUUCGCUUUCCCCUAAAUAUGUCUCUGAUCACGUAUUAUUAAAACCCGGUAAUAAUACAGAUCGGUCGAUCGAAUCGAUUUUUGCUUAGUAAGUCACAUACAUAAUAGUAUAUUGUACAUAUAAUGUUAAUAAUUAUUAUUACAUUUUUUUUUUAUUCGCCGCAUAUACUCGCUAUAACGUUGACUUUUUAAAAACGGGGAAUUUCGUCACAGUUUGCAUACAGUCAUAAAACAAUAAAAAAUUUGCCGGCGAUCGAGAGGACUCGUCUCGGAUUCCAUGCGGUCCUGGUAACGAGGGGACGCAAAUCGGUAAUGUACGUUCGGCGGCGGCGGCGGCCGGCCUGGCCUGCAGUUCGGCGGCGGCGGCGGCUGGCUCGGCUUGCCGUCCGUAUACCGCAUGAUACCCUGGUUACAUGUUGUCUACAUCGCGUACAUUGUGUAAUACUUGUCGCGUGCGUAGGGAAGUAGCGAUUCCAACGACGUACUGCGGACGAUUCUUUAACCAUUCGUUCCACGAUCGUCCAUGACGGUAGGCUAGUGAGCGGCGACGGAUGCGUAUACCGCAUGAUACCCUGGUUACAUGUUGUCUACAUUGCGUACAUUGUGUAAUACUUGUCGCGUGCGUGGGGAAGUUGCGAUUCCAACGACGUACUGCGGACGAUUCUUUAACUAUUCGUUCCACGAUCGUCUAUGACGGUAGGCUAGUGAGCGGCGACGGAAUAUCGCGUUCGUUCAUGAUGUCCUGGUCAUAGUCUCUACGGCGGUCUGUUGAAACACCGGAAUUUUGGGCACCAUUCGAGGGCCCGUGACGUCGCUUGACGUUCAUGAUGUCCUGGUCCGUAGGUACACUUGAAAUGCGAAAUCUCGCCAUUUGUCCAGUUGCACCCCGUGCGCCUCAAAACCGAAUUUAGUGAGCCCCGUCGUCAUGGUUACUGGAGAAAUGCAUAGAAUUUCCGUUGGAACUGAUAAGUAUUAUAUAAAUACAAUGGCAGGUGUCCUCCUAUCAUAUUGCGCAGUAUUUGAUGUUGCCCUCUGGCCUCCCCGCAAGGGGCGACGGACGUGUAAUAGUUUUGUUUGUAAAUAACCAUUAAACGCCGCGUGAGUGCGCUACGUACGAUCAGCACUGUGGCACGAGUGAUAAACAGCUGUCCGGAAAGACAAGAAAUCUGUAUGAUAUGAAUUCAGUAAUGCGACUCGGCCGUAUAUUGCACAUUGAGCACGCGAAAUUUUAUCUAAUCCAACAACGUGGUUUUGUGUUACAAAUCGAGGUUUAUUUUCGAUUGAUCUCCUCCAAUCGCUUCGUUUGUGGCACAAAAGUUAUAGUUGAUCCGGGCGACAAACGUCCCACAUACGUAUAGGUGCAACUGCAAGCAUCUAACCUGCUUAACGGUUGUACGAAUAUAAUAACAUUGAUUAAGUAUAGGUACUUAAUUGUAGUAGCUAUCUAAUAAAUAUAUUCGGAUCACUUAAUUAUACUUGUAUUAUUAGUUACUAUCCACAUUUUUAGAAAUGCGAAUAUUUAAUAUAAAUAUUAAAUUAUGUAUAACAAAUAUUAUUAUAUUGCGAAAUUAAAAAAAAAAAAAAAACCUAACAAUUUGCAAAUCUAAAAGAUGUUGAUGCGUUCUGUGUUAAAUUCGCACAAAAAUCGUUUACGAACAUAAUAAUACGAGUAUUUGGUACUUAUGGUACGCGAUAUAGGUGGUAGUUGGUAUAGGUGCUCACCGGUGGAAAAAUAUUACUUAACCUCGCGUAGUUCAUGCAUUUUGAACAAAUAUAAUUGUUAAUAAUUUACUACCUACUGGCGUCUAUAUAGCUGCACCCGCAUAGCCUCGUCCGUGACUGUGACCCCCCACCAAAAACCGACUCCACCCUUCGUCUAACGGGAUAACGUGUAUGGUUUUUCGUUUACGAUUUUAGCGGUACAACCCUAAUAGCUCCUAUACCCAUUGUUUGUUGGUUGUCAAACGGCUCCCGUCUAAAUGGUUUUGCGUAACGUAAAUUCCCCAAAGGGCUCCCGUUAUUUCCCUGUCAUUCCGCCUCUUUGCACAAUCCCGAUCUCAAUGUUCACCUCUAUCUGUAUCCGGAAUAUUUUAAAUAUAACGGGUAAAACGGAUACACUUAAAUUAGUGGAUUUCGUACACAAGAUCGAUUCAUUAUCUAAUUUUAACACCAACAUUUAGAAUACUCCAUCUAUUUAUGGAAUUUUUAAUAUAGGUUUUCAUUUGAAAAAGCAAAAUCGAUAUCGCCACCGGUCAGGUUAAGGGUACUCCUUAAACGUUGUGGAAAAUCUAAAUAUUCGAAAACAUCGACUUUAAUUACACUUUAAAAAUUCCAAAAGUCAGAAUUUGUAUAUAUUAUGUAAAAUUUACCGAACAAAUGGAGUGAACACGCCUAGUGGAUCAUUAUGUAUAUAUAUAUGUAUAUAUAUAAAAGGCUGUAUUACCAAAAUUUUUCACGCGUUACUUAUGCCAAAUUAAAUUUGCAGAAUGGCAUUGGUGCAAUGAACGGACAAAAAAAACAUAUUUGUUUUCUACGCAGUAGAUGUUAUUUAAAAAAAAAAAUAAUAAUAAUUCUGCGUCACGUUAUGCAUUUUUAAUUUAAUUAAAAAUAUUCAAGUGUUUCAGUGACACAGAACAACAAGAUAAAAUCUAGCUAUGCUAAAUCUAGUAUUAUUAUUAUUAUUAUUAUUGUAUUUGUUGUUUACGUCGAAACGGUUUUAAAGCAUUUCCACAGUAAAUAGGUAUACGUGACCACUUAGAUUUUAAAUUUGAUAAGUACCGCAAGGUUACGGGUGUUGUUCUAAAAUGUAUUUUUAAGCGCGUUAUUAUGAUAAUAAAUCUACUCUGUUUUGGACUGUCUAACGAACGCCGCCGCUGCUAUCUGUAUUAUUGUUUUCGUAUUCGAAAAAAAGAAACGACCAUAAAUUACGAACAAUAAAACACGCACCGACGACUGACGACGUAUCAUUUUGGACUCUCGUUCGAUAGCGAAUGUAUAUCUUUAUUAUUGAUUUAUCACAUCAAUUAAAUAACUAUUUUACCAUAACUAUUUUAUUACGUUUAAUAACCUAUACAUAAUUUGUAUAAAAAAAAAAAAACCAUGUUGCAGUUUGGCCCGAAUCCCGGCAUCUCUCUAAAAACUGUACAGCUACUGAUCUACCUAGCCUAAUAUACUAAAUAUUAAACGUUUAUAACGUCUAUAACAUUAAAUGUUUGAUUAAAAAAAAUAUGGUUUUUUAAGUUUGUUCUAUUGAAAACUAUUGGCGAGUUAAUUUUUAUAAAAAUCCUCUUAAAUGUUUGCGCAGUAAAAAAAAAACUCCGAUUCGAUACACGAAAAUCGGUGCAUAUGUGUAUACGUUAAAAAAAAUAUUAGUAUAAUAAACUGCAGCUUAACCAGAUUUAUAAGGUAGUAUAUCUGAAUUCUGAAGGUAUACAAAUAUGAAAUCUAUAUAACAUACCUAUAAUACAUGUGUACACGUGUUUCAAUUAUGAUGAGUGAAAUCUAUUUCUAUACAUAUAUUAUGUGAGAUAAAAUUUAUUUAUGUAAAGGUUAGUAGAAUUGGCAUGUUUAGGAAUAUAGAGUAAUGUAUUUCGAAUAUAUAUAUAGGUAGGUAGUUUGCCAAGACUAUUUUCAGUUUUCAAUCCGCUUAGUCUAUAGUACACAAUAAUAUUUUACGAGUGUAAAGACCUUUAGAAUAGGAAAAAAAAAAAAAGAAGUAAGGUGAUAGUUACAUAAAAAUACAGCGGUGAACAUACUUUGUAGUAGAAAGUUUUAUAACUGUACCUAUUACCAACCUAUAAAUAUACAUAUAUUAUAUAUGCACGCUUACUACCCACCGCAGAAUGUCUUUCUUUUGGUAUACGGCUAUACAGAUAGGCAGCCUCGGUAAAAAAAUAUCAGAUAUUAUACCCGAUGUUAGACAAAACGAAAGCAAAAGCUACUACUAUGAUAAUUUGAACGAAUUAUGAACAAUUGUUAUUUUUAUUAUAUUUAUUGAAUUGUUACAAUAAUUGUAUAAUAGUAUAUUGGUUAUAAUGAUAAACGGACAUGGUAACCGUGAUAAAAAUGUUAUAGUAUGGAAAUUUGUUUGUAUAAUUUGUAAUAUUGUUUGAGGUUGAGGUUGAGUUUUUAUGUAGGACGUAUAGGUAUAUAAAUAUAUACAAUAAUAUAUUGAGCAAUAAAUUAUUGAUUAAAUUUCGUAAAAAAUUCUGAAAUUUGUACAAUAUAUAUAUAUAAAUAAGUUUUCGAGCCUUCGGGGUAAUGAUAGGAUCGGAGCAAUCAUAUGCAUUGUCCCCGGCAUUAUUUAACAUUGUACUCGAGUCGGUAAUUAGAGAAGUACAGGUAAAAAGGCCAAGGUUUUAAAUAUUAGAAACAAUAAGUGUAUGAAUAAUAUAAUAAUAACAAUAACAAUAACAAGUGUAUGAAGACAAUAUCAUGUGGGCUAAAACAGUUGGAAUAUGAUAAAUUGACGAUUUUAAAUGCCUAUGGAGUAAUAGCAAUCAAAAACGAAAUUAUAGUCUCGAUGAAAUAGGACGAAGAUUAUUAUCUGGCUAUUUAUAAUUCUGCUAUCUUGAAAAUUUCAAAACUAGUAAUAAGGGGUAAUAGUAAAAAUUAAAUUUUUUAUUUUUCCACUUAUGUUAUGUCCCUCUAAAAGAAAAUUCGUUUGACAGGUAAAAAUUGAAUAUUAACAGAGAUUACAACACGGUGAAAACGUCUGGGCACUCGUGUCUUUAUACACUGAUCAAUUAUUUAAUAACUAUUCGAAAUUUCAAUUUUAAUUUUGAAUUAUGAUUAAAAAAUAAUAGUUUACUCGUGUCAUAAACAAUAUAACAUGAGUAUGAAAAACAAGUCAAUACUUUAUUAAAAUAUUAAUAUUAGGUGGAAAAAUGGCUCAACAAGAUCCAAUCGAUGAUGCGUGAAACGAUUAGGCACAAUUUUUUGGAGAGCACAUUAUCCUACGAGGAGAAACCCAGAGAACAAUGGUUGUUCGAUUAUCCAGCUCAAGUAUCGUUGUGUGGUACUCAAAUUUGGUGGACUACUGAAGUGAACAUUGCGUUUGCUAGGCUCGAAGAAGGUUAUGAAAAUGCCUUGAAAGAUUAUCAAAGAAAACAAGUAAAUAUAUUGUAAUAAAUAAAUUAAACGAUAUAUGUAUACAUAUUUUAUUUUUAAAAAAAUGUUUUUAUUACGCUUAUAAAGUACAAUCAAAAUGUAUAGAAUAAGGGGACAGAUAUUGUUUCAGAGUUUUUUUUAUUAUUAUUUUUUUCCUGAGGGAAUUGAAAUGAGUAAAAACAUUAAAUAACAGUAAUUUAUUGUACAUAUUCUUAAAAUGUCUAUUAUGUAUUAUAAAUCGUUACCGAACUUAUAUUUUGUGCGUAUCUAUAUUGAUUUAAAUAAGAAAUUAUAGUUUAGAUUAGAAUAAAAAAUACAUAAUAUCGUAAAUCUUAAACAUACUCGUAACAUUGUAGUAUAAAUAUUGUGAAGUUAAAUAAAUCAAUAGUAAAUACCUAUAUAGAUUUUGCGUCUAAAUUAAUUUUCUAAAUUAUCUCAAAAAUAUGGGGCUACAAUUAUAUAUUAUACAUGUUUUAUUUGAUACCUAGUAAAUUUGAAAAUAAAUUUAGAUAUUUUUUCAAAUAUUUUGUGACUGUUUAUACACGACUCUUUAAAAAAUACUGGGUGCGUGUGAAUGUUUUUUUAAAUUUUACUGAACUGGCGUAGAAUGUAUAUUUGAGGGGAGUGCAGUUUAUUUUUGAACAAUAUUAACAUAACGUGUUUUUGAAUACAUAUGUGCGAGAGAAAAACCGUUUGGAUAACUUGUUUCCAUGAUGGGAUUCCUGAAAGUUAGUAGUCGGGAGCGCCCCUCAAUUUUUGGUGAACAUAGUCUCCCUUCGAAGUUUUUAACCACUAUAUUUAAUAUUUUUCGUAUUUAAGUAUUGCAUGGUUAUUUUAUAAGUUAUACGUACCUGUUUUGUACGAGUUGAUUUAAUAUAUGUAUAUCUAUUGCUCAAUACUCGUACAUAUAGAUCUCACAAUUAAAUACGCUGAUAUCGUUGUUACUGGGUGAACUGACUAGACAAGACAGACAAAAAAUCAUGACGAUCUGUACGAUCGACGUUCACUCCAGAGACGUGGUCGCCAGAUUAAUACAAUCCAAAAUCGAAAACGUACUCGCUUUUCAAUGGCAGUCGCAGCUCAGGCACAGGUGAGUUAAUAGUAUAUUAUUAUAAUACAAUAUUAUGUCGAUAUUGGUGUAUGAAUCGUUUUAUUUAACACGAGUUUGGUGAUGGUUUUCCGUUAAUAUACAGUUUUUUCAUAUUAGAUGGGACGAGAAGGAAAAAGAUUGUUUCGCAAAUAUCUGCGACGCUCAAUUUCGAUACAGCCACGAGUAUUUGGGCAACACGCCACGUCUGGUAAUCACUCCGUUAACCGAUAGAUGUUACAUAACCUUAACACAGGUAAUAAUAUCACAUUUUUACAAUAAUUAUUAUCGUUUUACAAACAACACACUACGUAUAAACCGUUUCUCGCGUACCUAUAUACCAAUCCCUACUAGUCUUUGCAUUUGGUGAUGGGCGGAGGUCCGGCCGGUCCCGCGGGCACGGGCAAAACAGAGACGACCAAAGAUCUCGGACGUGCUCUCGGCGUUAUGGUUUACGUGUUCAAUUGUUCGGAGCAAAUGGAUUACAAGGUACGAAAUAUCGAUGGGGAGGGGAAGCGGAAAUAAUAAUAUCCGUUUUGUGAUUUUACGCAGUCUUGCGGUAACAUUUACAAAGGAUUGGCCCAAACCGGAGCCUGGGGUUGUUUUGACGAAUUCAAUCGGAUAUCCGUCGAAGUAUUGUCAGUGGUCGCCGUUCAAGUAAAGUCCAUUCAGGUGCGUUUAUUCAUGUUUACACGUGCAACGCAAAAACAUUAACAGAUUGCAAUAAAAGGACGUGCUAUACCCCGCGGUUGCGUAUAGGCAGUUUUCAUGAUAUUUUUGAUAAAAAUUAAGAUUUUAUCAACUUAAAAAUAUUCAAAUUCGCUUUCAAAUAUAAUAAUAAUUAGUCCCACAUUAUUUACACGAGUAUUUAAUGUGUAAUCGGGAUGUUAAUAAAAAUGUACGAAACUUCUCGUGCUAAAGACUUGAUGAAGAAAUCAAAUUUACAUCAUAGAAAAAAAAAUUAAAUUAAAGUAAAACAAAAGUUGCACUAUGCUACUUAGGUUUUAGUUUUUCGAUAUCACUAUUGUGAAAUAAGUUAUUCGAGUUUAAACAAUUUAAAAUUAUUCGAUUAUUUUCUCUUUUUAUUUGUGGUUUCGAGGUGGCGUAUUUAAACAUUUUUUUAUAUGGGCGAAUACAAAUCAUUUAUUCACAGGUCCGCGUGCGAGUACGCCUUUUCCUUGAUAUGUGUAUUACAAAAUGCCCACGUUACUUUUAAUCAAAUAAUUUUUUGUUUUCAAAUUAACAAAAUAACUAUAAUAAUAUUUCAACAUUAUAAUUCUUAGAUAAGAUAUGAACAUUUUACCAUAAUUUUUGAACUGUGUUUUGCACGGUUACAGAUUACAGAAUCACAUAAUUUAGGUAAAUAUAUUUUUUUUAAACUAAAUCUACACAUUAUUAUUAUACAUAAUUUAAUAAUUUAACUGUUAAUAUUUAAUACUGUUGCAUUGUUCCACUAUGAUGAAUUACGUUGGUAGUACUGGGAAGCCUAUCCAGUUUUUACGAUUACUACGAAACAGUCGGUAUCCAAUCCUCGUAAAAGGCUAUUAUUCUUAGUACCCGCUUAAAGCAGAAUAACUCAGAAACUCUUUUCGCUUAAAUUACGAUUGUAUUUACAUCAAAUUUUUAGAAAAAUCAUCUGAUUGAUAAUUUAAAACUUAUAUUGGUUCUCAUUUAAAAAACACCACAAUGAAAGAAUACAAAAGUGGAAUUUCUCUUUUUUUUAUGAUGGACAUUUUCUUUCUCAAUUAGGUGUCUUAGGUAGAUUUUAUCUGCGAAAAACUAUUUUUACAUCCGAAUUACGUAGGAUAUCACGUCAUCUUAAGGUUUAUGUUAUUAAUUCUUUAUUUUUACAAUAAUAAUUAUUUAGAAAUACGUUUUUGUUAUACUAGUUAUUUUGCUGUAUUGAAUUGUAGUCUCAGCGAAAAUAAUAUACUUUUCAUGCAUUGUACUAAAUAACAUGUAGAUGCGGAUGUUUUUUUUUUUUUUAUUCUAUAGGACGCAAUACGAGAAAAAUCGAUUACGUUUAAUUUUAUGGGCGAACAGAUAAGUUUAAUAACGUCCGUUGGGAUAUUUAUCACGAUGAAUCCCGGGUAUGCCGGCAGAACAGAAUUGCCGGAAAAUUUAAAAGCUCUAUUUAGGUUAGUACAAUAUAUCAGCUAGCAGCUAUUUAUCAUGGCCAUCAAGGAUUUUCGCACGCUUCUACCAUGCACCUCCAGCUGUCCCGAUCUUUAUCGUUUUCCAUUUUAACUGACUCGUUGACAUCCGAUAUAUCUUUUCUAACCUUAUUAUCAUCCACCUAGGAAAUUGUGUGUAUGUUACGGACAAAAGCCGAAAUCGGGUAAAUCUCAGAAAUGCCGGACAAAACGCAAAGUGUCUACGAUACUUGGGCAAAACGUCAUAUUCCGGCUUUUGCCCGGACAAACCUAGUUGUGGCCAAUCUCAUUCGAGCAAAUCUGUAACGUAAAUUUCAAUUUUUCACAUUAGAUAGGUACCGUGUUAAUGAUAUUAUAAUACUUUACUAUUAAUACUAUUAAAAUACUAGCUCUCUCCUCAGUAAAUAAAUUGGUCAUUACACGGGAAUAUCUGGUUUUUGACAUACAGUGACAACAUAAAAUAAACAUUUGGGCAAAACCGUUACUACUUUUAUUUUGAGAUUUAUAUAGUAUAUUUAUUUAUUAGAUUUAUAAAAAUAUAUUUAUGGACGUUACAGAUUUGCCCGUUUGAAGUUGGUCACAAUUAUAGGUUUGUCAGGAAAAAAGUCGAAAUAUGACGUUUUGCCCAAGUAUCGUGUGCAUUUCGCGUUUUGCCCGUGCAUUUCUGAGAUUUGCCCAAUUUCGGCUUUUGCCCAUAACAUAUAAUAUAUGAGUUAUACACCAGCUCACCAAACACAACCAGUCUGAAUAUGAUAUUUGGUUUAUUGUACUGUAACCUGUUAGCCCCGAAAAAAUAUCACGAAAAUAUUUAAAUUUAUUUUACACAAUAUGUAUUUUACCUAUUCAAAUAUUAUAGGCCAUGCGCUAUGGUAGUACCCGAUUUUGAGUUGAUCUGCGAAAUAAUGUUGGUUGCCGAAGGAUUCCAAGAGGCGAAAAUUCUCGCUAGGAAAUUUAUAACUUUAUACACGCUGUGCAAAGAGUUACUGUCCAAACAGGAUCAUUACGACUGGGGUUUAAGGGCCAUAAAGUCCGUAUUGGUUGUUGCCGGAUCUUUAAAAGUAAAAUAUAAUAACAUAUUUUGUAAUUAUCUUUCGUAAUAAUGUUAAAUAAACGACUAACGAAAUAACAUAUUCACAAUCAUAAGCGAGGCGAUCCGGGACGUGUUGAAGAAGAAGUAUUAAUGAGAGCUCUAAGAGAUUUUAACAUACCGAAAAUUAUCAGCGAUGACGUUCCUGUAUUUAUGGGACUAAUCGGAGAUUUGUUUCCUUCGUUGGACGUGCCACGUAAAAGAGAUCAAGAUUUCGAAAAAACCGUUAAACAAGCGGCCGUAGACUUGUUGUUGCAACCGGAGGAAAAUUUUAUACUUAAAGUAUAUACAUAAUAAAAUAACGAUACAAGCUGACGCGUAUAUUUAUUAAAAACAUAAUAAUAUUUAACUAAACAUUCUGAUGACGUUUUAACGAACUACAGGUCGUACAAUUGGAAGAGCUUUUAGAAGUCCGUCACUCCGUGUUCGUAGUCGGCAAUGCGGGCACCGGAAAGACCGAAGUUUGGAAAACGUUGUUUAGAACUUACCAGAACAUCAAACGAAAACCAAUUUACAACGAUUUAAACCCAAAAGCUGUGACCAACGACGAAUUAUUCGGGGUGAUUAAUCCAGCGACCCGCGAAUGGAAGGACGGUAGGCAAUACAUAUCGAUAUUCUUUAUCAUAAUUGAUUUCAUAAACAACUACUACCGUAUAAAUAAUUAUUUCUAUAAUAUUGAAAAUAUUUUAUUAGUAAAUAUACAAUAACGUAAAUUUUGUUAUUCCUUUUUCGUUAAAAAGGUUUAUUUUCCGUUAUAAUGCGAGAUCAAGCAAAUAUUACGAAUAGUUAUCCUAAGUGGAUUCUACUGGAUGGGGACAUCGAUCCGAUGUGGAUCGAAUCUCUAAACACUGUGAUGGACGAUAAUAAGGUAUGUAGUAUUACUUAUUAUAAAUCGCAUCAAAUAAUUAUUAUAAAUAGUUACAAUGUAGUUUCCGAACGUACGCGCAAUUGAGAAAAAUGGUAACCCACAGUUUUAACGAAUUAAAUAUUGUAUAUCUAUAUAGCUAAUUGUAAAUUUAUUUUUGUAAUUUAUAUAUUUUUGUAUAAAUAGAAGACAAUAUAUACUAUGCCCGUUGCAUUUUUUCCCCGCUAUAUUUGUUUACACUUUUAGCGGUUCCAUCUGGAUCAAAUGAGCUCGUAUCCGGGAAAAAGAUUUUUUGUAUAGGCGGAUUGAAGUGAUAAAAAUUUGGUUGAAUUUCAAUAUGAAUUUCAAAGAGGUCUAGAACCCACAUUUUUUUAAACAAUUUUAAUUGUUACUUAGAAUAAUGCAAAAUAUCAAGGGUGUAACAUGCCGCAUUAACAAUAUUUGUAUAUUAUUAAUGUUAAAUGUUUAUUUAAAUUUAUUUAAAUGUUUAUUAAACAGGCGGGGGAAAAUUCAGCUCUUGCGACGGAGCUCUGCCGAUGCCCUCGGGUGUUUUAUAGUUAAAAAUCAUUUUUUAAAGUGAAACUCUAAGUGUGAUUUAUAGUUUUCAAAAUAUAGACCAUUUUUUAGGUUUUAACGUUGGCCAGUAAUGAACGUAUAGCUCUAACGCCGUCGAUGAGACUUAUUUUUGAGAUAUCCAAUUUGCGAACCGCAACGCCGGCCACCGUGUCGCGAGCCGGCAUUCUCUAUUUGAAUCCACAGGAUUUAGGAUGGAAUCCGUAAGCAAAAAAAAAAAAUAUAAAUCUACAUACAUUUUUACAUGCUUAUAUUAUUAUUAUUAUAUUUGUUUUUGUUUUUUUACAUAAUAUACUAUACACAGAUACGUAACGAGUUGGAUCGAAACGAGGGAAUACGCCACAGAGAAGAGCAACCUCGUGAUAUUGUUCGAUAAAUAUAUACCGCCGUGUUUGGAAAAUAUUCGGAACAGAUUCAAGAAAAUCAUACCGAUAACGGAAAUGUCGCAUAUACAAAUGUUGUGUCAUUUACUCGAAUGCAUUUUGGUGCCGGUUAACACGCCGACGGAUUGUCCGAAAGAAUGGUACGAAUUGUAUUUUACGUUCGCGUGCAUUUGGUCGUUCGGAGCGGCCAUUUAUCAAGAACAGGUGAUAAAGAUUAUAAUAUAUACUAUAUAUUUCUUAUAACUGUUAAAAUGAUAAUUUUUUGACCUAUAGAGUAAAAAAAAAAAAAAAACCCUAUACUUGGGUAUGGUAAUUGUUUAAUAAUACGUUAUUUUCAUUCAUUCACAGGUUAUAGAUUUCAAAGUAGAAUUUUCGAAAUGGUGGGUGGCCGAAUUCAAAACGAUAAAAUAUCCGUCUCAAGGAACGGUUUUCGAUUAUUUCAUCGAUACGGAAACCAAAGAAUUUUUACCUUGGUCGCAUAUUAUUCCGAAAUUUGAAUUAGAUUCCGACAUGCCUUUACAAGUAAUUAUAAUUAACACCUACAUAAUUCGAAAACAAUAUGAAACCGUCAACAAUACCUGAUAAAAAAAAUGUGUUUUUUUUUCUUAGAACGCUUUAGUUCAUACGCCGGAAUCGAUUAGAACCAGAUACUUUGUAGACUUGCUCAUGGACCACAAACAUCCGGUUAUGUUAGUCGGAAGUGCAGGAUGUGGCAAGACGGUACUGAUAAACGAAAAGUUGACCAGUCUGUCAGAUAAUUACGCCGUGACUAACGUGCCGUUUAAUUAUUACACAACUUCGGGUAGGUAUAAAAUAAUGUUAUUCAACAUCGACCGAUCAUCGAUUUUGUUUAAUAAUGUAGAGAUGUUGCAAAAAAUUUUGGAAAAACCACUGGAGAAAAAAGCUGGCCGAAAUUACGGACCACCGGGAAACAAAACUCUCAUAUACUUUUUGGACGAUAUGAACAUGCCUGAAGUAAAUAACUAUUAUCGAAAUUAAAAAACUAAUAUCAACAAUGUAUUGCAAUAUAUCAUAAUGUAUAUGGAACAUGGAUUAUACGUAAUAUUAAUUUGUCGCAAUCGCGAUAGUCGAUUAUCAUAAUAUUAUUAUCCAACUAAUAUUAUAAAUGCGAACGUUUGUUUGGGUGGAUGUACUCGUAUGUUUAUAUCAUUAAAUUUCUCAACCAAAUUAGUGAACUUUGCAUAGAUUGGAUAGCUAUGAAAUUCUAGACCGGAUAAUAAUAUAUUAUAGGCUUCUUUUUUUCUCCUGAAUUAAAUCCCUAAAGGAGGGAGGGUGGCUGACAAAGGGUCAUUGAUAUUUUGGUGCCUAAGAAAAUCGAAUUAUUUUUUGUUGUUGUGUAGGUUAUCCCGGUAAUACGGAUGAAAUUUAAAAAAACAAAAUAAAUUGUAUUUAUUUUGGAAUGAUCAACUCCGAGCGGGACAGCUAGUAUUUAUAAUAUAGAUCUAUUUUCUUCUUCGACUUUGAUUGCCUUACGUAUAGGUACAUUCACGUUUUGAAACAGCCAAAAUAAAAUACUGCCUAAAACUAGUUCAAUUAUUUCUAUACCGACUAGAGGAAUAGACUGGUACCAGACAACAAGCCAGGGGGUUCUAUAAGACAUCCAUGAUAUUGCAGUAUAGCGUACGAUUUUAUAUACUCAUAUUAAACUACUUAAAAGUUAUAACUAAUUGUAAUAUUUUAAAUGGACAACCGUCAUGAAAAUGUAAUUCUGAUUACGUUAUUGACAGUGUUGUAUAAUGAUAAUUAAAUAAUUAUCUACAUAAAAAUGAAAGAUAAUUGAAUACAAUUUAUCGAGAUAUAGAUCAAAUAUAUAACACUAUUUAUCUAGAUUAAAAAAAAGAUAAACAAUUUUUAUUUUAAUAUUGCCAACUCUUUUUUAUCAAUAUAAAAAUAUAAUAUGUACAAUAUAAAUAUAUUCAGGGAGAAUCCCCCCCCCGGAGACAUGAUUAUUGAUUAAUAUACAGAAUGUAUAAGAACAUUUAUACAAAUAUACAGUAUACAUUAAUAACAUUUUGGAAAAUCGUUUCAUUUAUUACCCCACAUGCACUCCUGGUACCUAAAAUCAUUUUUUGGCUCUUUCUGCCGUUUGUUUUUUGCUGCUCGUAGUCAAUACAAAUUUUUAGAGUUUAUAUUUUUAUAUGAAUUAUGACUCUAAUCAAAAAACGCAGAUGACCAUUUUUUUUUAAAUUUUAAAUCUAGUUGGAUAAUAAGAAAAUCGUUUUUUGAUAUUUUGUGUAGUUUUAUUAAUAAUUUGGGCAAAAUCGGGAAAAAAGCGUAAAAAGAAGGAGAAAGUUUACAAAUAAAAUUCAAUUCAAUUAUUUCUAGAUUUUUUAAACUUUUUUUUGUGAUUUAGUAAAGUUUUUAUUUGGUAAGUACUAUGUUGAUGGAAUUGUUCAACCAAAAAGAAAUGUUUGAACAUUUAACAUGAAUUAUGAAGUGUAAUUAGUGGUCAAAAAAAAUUUUUUUAUAGGAGUUCAAAGUUUUCAAAGAGUUUUGAUAAAAAAUGUUGACGAAAAUCAUAAAUAUUUAAAAAGCCUUUGAAUAGUCUUUCAAAAUUUCAAAACAUGUGUAAUCAAACUUUGCUCCGAUUCGUUUUUCGUUAGCAAUAGUAUCGUUGCUUACUGAUUAUGCAUAAUAUUUUCUUUAAUAAUAUUAAUUUGAUAUUGUACCUAUUUUCCCGUUUUUCCUACACUUUUUCCUGGUUUUUCCCAUUUAUUAUGAAAACAGCUGGGAAAGUCAAAAAACUCCCUCCUUUAGAGUACCGCCCCAAUUCGAUUUCUUUUCAGAUAAUGUGCACUUAAAAUUGAAACAAUUUUUCUGGUAGAAAGUCGUCUACAGAAAAAAAAACAUCUUCGUAAAACUAUAAGCGUGUUCGCUCUACUCGGAAUCUAAUUUAAAAUUGUAUAACUUAAUUAUUAUAAUCAUUAUAAAACCAGGUAUUUAUUAUCUACAAAUAUGGGUUUUGAUUUCUGUUUCGGUUAUUCGAAAAUAUAUUUUAAAUUCAGUUUUGGUUCUCAAUAUUUUAAGGGUUUUUGGGUUUCAGAACAGAUUCUUUUCGAUUUCGUUUCAAUACUUGCUGAGUCCUAUACCAAAACGAUUAUAUAUAUAUUUUUUUUUUUGAACAUUGUAUUUUAGGUCGACUGUUACGGUACCGUACAGCCACACACUUUAAUACGUCAGCAUUUGGAUUACGGACAUUGGUACGACAGAACCAAGCUGUCUUUAAAAGAUAUUCACAACUGUCAGUACGUGGCGUGCAUGAAUCCGACCGCAGGAAGUUUUACGAUUAAUCCUCGAUUACAACGCCAUUUCUGCGUUAUUGCUGUGAGGUAAAUCAAAAGUAAACAUAAAAUACCCAUUUUAAACAGUUUAAAAAGAAGACAAUAUGUAAAUUUUCCCACAAAUAUUGUGUGUUGAAUAUUUUUGUACAUAUAAGUAACAAUAAAUAAUAUUAUGUACAUGAUGAAUUCAUUUUUAGAGAGCGGAGAUCUUAAAUAAUUUUUAGAUAAUACUUUAUCUGUAGAGUAUAACACAAUAAUAGUAAACCUAUUAAUCGGACUUAGUUAAAUAAAAUAUUCUAAAAAAAAAAAACAAACGGACACACUACUCGCACGAAGGUGGGCAACUGUUAUAGGGGAGAAGUUGGAAAAGAAGAAGGGAAAUUUAAUGUAUAUAUUUAUACAACGAUUAAUCAUUGCUAACGAAAAACGAUUUUGAGCGGAGUUCGGUUAUACAUGUUUUGAAACGCAAUAAUAUUUACGAUUUGAAAAUAAUACAUUUAGUGAAUUUUCUCAUUUUUCCCGGUUUUUCCAUUUAUUACAAAAACUCCUGGGUUUCCUUACCCUGGAAAAAUCAAAAAUAACCUCACAAAAAUACCAAUUCAAUCAGAUUUCCAUUCAAAAACAGUGCUCCACUUAGAAAAUCGGAGCAAAAUUUCUAUGUAGACAGAAAAGUAGUUCACGUUCACAGAUCAGAAAAAAAAAUUAAAUUAAAAAACAAAACAAAACGAAUUCGGUACCUAUAUUACAUAAUUAUAAUAUGUGAAGUAUAAAUAUUUUAUUUUAAAUUUAGUACCUAGUUAUUAAUUUAUUGAAUUAUCAUUUUCUCCCUUUAUAAACAUACAGUUUUCCUGGAUCAGAGUCGUUGACGAUGAUUUAUUCGUCAAUUUUAAAUCAACAUUUCGGGAAUGUUGAAUAUCGGAUACCGCUAGUAGCGUCCAAAUUAGCUGAUAAUGUAAUCGAAGCUACAAUAUGGUUACACAACAAAGCCAAUUCGGUUUUUCUUCCUACUGCUACUAAAUUCCAUUAUAUAUUCAACUUGAGAGAUUUAUCAAAUGUUUUUCAAGUAAUUAUUGUUUCAGAAAUGUAUUAUCUAUAAUCUUUGUACAUUACAUAAAUACAUAAUAUAAUAUGUAUUUUUAAUUUUGUAUUUGAUUAAAAAUCAAAUGUUCUAGGGUCUUCUUUUUAGUACUGGAGAAUGUCUAAGUUGCAGUGCGGACCUAAUGCGACUAUGGAUGCACGAAUGCCAACGAGUGUAUUCGGAUAAAUUAAUAGACGACAAGGAUUCAGACGCGUUUACUAAAAUUCAGACUGAUGCGUUGAAAAAAUUUUUUGAUGUAAGUGAAAAAUAUAUUAAAAAAUAAAUUUGAAAUCGAUUAGUUAAAAUAUUUUGUUAUUAAUACCAUUUCAUAUUAUAUUAUUUACGUGUUAUAAUAGUUACGGUUAGUUUAUUGUUAUAUUUUUAAUUAAAAUAUAACAGUUAACACAACCUUAGUCCAGUACUAUUUUUAAUAAUUAAAGUUGAUUCUUUUAUCAACAUUUAUUUAUUUAUUUUUAAAUGCAGGAAAUAGACGAAUGUGCAGUAUUCGAAAAGCCAAACAUUUUCUGUCAUUUCGCUCAAGGCAUCGGUGAGCCGAAAUAUUCAUCUGUUAGGAAUUGGACUAAUCUUACAAAAUUACUAGAAGAAGCUUUAAAUUUAUACAACGAUUUGGUCGCCGCUAUGAAUUUAGUUCUAUUCGAAGACGCUAUGAUGCACAUUUGCAGGUUUGUCCAUCGACUUGUAAAUAUAAUACAAUACUAUUGUUUUUUGUUAUUUAUGUAAAUUUAUUAUAUGGAAAAUUUACUUUAAAAAUAGGAUAAAUCGAAUAUUGGAAUCGCCGCGAGGCAGUUGUUUAUUGGUCGGGGUCGGAGGCAGUGGAAAACAAUGUUUGGCCCGUUUAGCAGCGUUCAUUUCCAGUUUAGAGGUAGCUCAAAUACAAUUACGCAAAGGCUAUGGACUAUUGGAUUUGAAAGUCAGUUUUUAAAUCAGACACGUUUUAAUAAUUCUCUUAACAAAGCACAAUAAUCAUUUGUCCAGAUGGAAUUAUCCGGUUUAUAUCUAAAGUCCGGAUUGAAAAACGUAGGAAUUGUAUUUUUAAUGACAGACGCUCAAGUACCGUCAGAAUCGUUUUUAGUUUUGAUUAACGAUAUGUUGUCGACCGGAGAAAUCCCCGAGUUGUUUCCCGACGAUGAAGUCGAAAACAUCAUAGCCGGAGUUCGGAACGAAGUAAGAUAAUUUUCUUCAAAGCUAAAAUACCUAGGUAUGUAUAUAUGUAUAAGUAUAAUAAUUUACGUGUUUAAAAAAAAAAAACAGCUACUUAUAGUUUAAUCAAAUUGAAUUUAAAAUGUAUAAUCAAGGACGGCCUCAGGGGUGGGGAAAAUAGUCAUUGCUCCUUGGAAUUAUCAAAUGUAUGCACUUUUAUCACGCAUGUCAUAUCAUUUUACCAUAACAAAGUAAUACAUAUUACUAGAAUAAAGCGUUUUCGAGCUUAUCAGAAAUUUAACAUGUAAUAUUAUUAUUUUUCUGUUAUUAUAUUACUACUACUACUGUAAUAGUGCUAUUAUUCUAUUAUUAUUUUUUUAGCGGGUGUAUAUGAUAUAGAUUGUAAGUAAUUUUUAUUAUGCCCCGGGUGGGAUUUUAUCCUGUGGGCACGUUUGUAUAUAAUAACAUAAUGUACAGCGUAUUCAAAUGUGGUGUUACAUUUAAAUAAUAUUAAUGUAUUAUCUAUAAUAUGAUGUAACGUUUUAAACAAAAUCAGGUCAAGGGCGCCGGACAAAUAGACUCACGUGAAAAUUGCUGGAAAUUUUUCAUCGAUCGAGUUCGACGACAACUGAAAGUCGUGCUCUGUUUCUCUCCAGUUGGUUCCGUUUUACGCGUACGCUCCAGGAAAUUUCCGGCGCUGGUCAAUUGCACUUCCAUCAACUGGUUUCACGAAUGGCCCCAACAGGCACUCAUGUCCGUUUCUAAUCAGUUUUUAUCGGAACUCGAAGUGCUCCCUGUAAUGAUUUUGACUGUAUUUCUUUUUAACCGCGGAAUAGCUAAGUCUCUUAUAAUAUUAACUCGUUGAUUUAGGAAAAUUUCAAAGAUUCCAUCGCAAAGUUCAUGGCUUACGCACACACACAAGUGAACAUCAUAUCCCGGGUUUACUUACAGAGUGACCGCCGAUAUAAUUAUACAACGCCCAAAUCUUUUUUGGAACAAAUAUCGCUGUACUCGAAGUUGCUGAGGCGAAAAUCCGCCGAGUUGGCUAGUAAAAUAGACCGUCUAGAAAACGGGUUGGAAAAACUGAAAAGUACUGCCGAUCAAGUAAGUAUACAAGUAUAAUUAAUAUACAUAAGAAAUGUAUUGAGUUUAAAUUACCCCUAACGAGUUUACGUUUCAGGUGGACAAUUUAAAAGCGAAAUUAGCAAUCCAGGAAGUAGAAUUAAAAAUUAAAAACGACGCAGCUGAUAAACUUAUUCAAAUCGUUGGUAUUGAAACUGAAAAAGUAUCUAAAGAAAAAUCAUUUGGUACGGUUUGUGUAAAAUUUCAAAAAAAAAAAUGUAUGUAUAUAUAUACGUAAAAAUUUCAAUACAGCCGACGAAGAAGAAAAGAAGGUCGGUUCAAUAGCAGAAGAGGUGAAAAAAAAGCAACGUGACUGUGAAGAAGACCUUGUAAAAGCCGAACCAGCUCUUCUUGCUGCGCAGGUUUUUAUAUUAUGAAAUAUUUUAUUUUAACAAGAUAAUUCUUAUGAACUAACUUGAAUAUUAACAGAACUUAUAAUAACUCACAUUAUACGACUAUAUAAAAGUUUUUUUUUCUUUUAAUUUAAAGUAUUUUUGUUAUUUAGCAUUGUUUCAUUUUCUGGUAAAAUUAAUUAACUUACCGUAAAUUAAAAGUUCAUAAUAUAUUUUUAGUUGUUUUUUUUUAUUUAGGAAGCUUUAAAUACACUGAACAAAUCAAACUUAACGGAAUUGAAAUCGUUUGGAUCGCCUCCUGGUGUAGUAACAAAUGUAACGGCUGGGGUAAUGGUUUUAUUGGCACAAAACGGUAAAAUACCCAAGGACCGUAGCUGGAAGGCCGCCAAAGUAAACAUCUAUUUAUUAAAUUAAAAUAGUUAUAAUUUAAACUUUUUAUUAUUAUUACACAUAAAACACGCGGAAGAUACCACCAACCGCUAUGACCCUUGGGGGGGUCUAUUUUUUAAUUAACCGCGAUGUUAUACUUAGAAAACUCACCUAAAUUCUGUUUAGAUCAUGAUGGCAAAAGUUGACGGUUUUCUCGAUUUACUCAUUACCUACGAUAAAGAGAAUAUUCAUCCCGAGGUGACAAAAGCCAUAAAACCGUAUUUAAAAGAUCCCGAGUUCGAACCGGAAUUCGUGAAAUCAAAAUCAGCCGCUGCCGCUGGUGAAGAUUUUUGUUUUAUUAUUUUUAAAAAUUAUUAUUUAAGUAUAUUCUCAUUAUUUUUUAAAUUUAGGUCUCUGUGCCUGGGUAAUUAACAUAAUAAAAUUUUAUGAGGUAUACUGUGACGUUGAACCAAAACGAUUGGCUUUGGCUCAGGCCAAUACAGAGCUAGCUCAAGCUCAAGAAAAGUUAGCUAUAAUCAAGAAAAAAGUGUCUGUAAAUAUACAAAUUAUUUGUUAUUUUAAAAUGAAUUAAAGUUUUUAUAAAAAAAAAAAAAAAAUAAUAGUUUAUAAGUAUGAUUUGUUUAGUCUUUAGAAGAACAACUUUCGAAAUUGACGGCGGACUUCGAGCAAGCUACAUCUGAAAAACUUCACUGCCAACAAGAAGCGGACGCUACAAACAAAACUAUAGAAUUAGCAAACAGACUGAUCGGCGGAUUGGGGUCGGAAAAUGUCCGAUGGGCCGAAGCUGUAGCUUGGUAUAUAUUUUACCAAUUUUUUUUUGUAAACCAAUUGAUAAUAUUUUUUAUUUAUAUUUGGUUUUAAUUACGUACAAAACUGGUAUUGUAAAGUUUUAUGCAACAAAGUACCACAUUGCCGGGAGACGUUUUAUUGAUCACAGCGUUCAUAUCGUACGUCGGAUGUUUCACGAAACAUUAUAGACAAGAACUUUUACACAAAAUAUGGACACCAUACGUAAAAACCUUAGAUGUAUGUAUAUACAAUAUGUACAUUUUAUAUAAUAUUAUUAAAACUAUAAUGGUGCAACCAAGAGGGUUUUUUUAUUUUAUGUGUUUGGACAUUCCCUUAAACUGUAUUUAUGGAUAAUGCGUUCAAAGACCAUUGAUUAAAUAAUGUUUUAUUUAUUCGGAAUUGGGUGGGUUUUAUUAAUUAGGUCGAUACCCCCCUCGAAAAAAUUCUAAAUACUCCACUGAUUCAAACGCGUUGCUAAUACGAAUUCAGUGCUUGAUUAAAUCAAAACUGCACAGUUCCAUCUAGCAUGUUAAUAAAUUAAAAAUAACCUAUUUGUGUUCGUAUCCCCACGUAUUAACCGGUUUUUCUCAUUUAUUAUGAAACAUCCUGAGAAAAUCGGAAAAUGACUAGCUCCGUUCAGAAUCCAAAAUAUACAUAUAUCAAGUUACUAUAAUAUACUUCUGGCACUUUUACAAUCACUACAAUAAUAUUGUAUAUAUUUGCUAAGAGAUUUAUUUACAAAUACUAUCAGUAGAUGUAUAACUUAAGUUUUAGUCAAACUAAUAAUAUAAUUAUUAAUAAUAUUUAAAGCUAGGCAAGUUAAUCAACAGUUUAUUUUUAACUAGUUUAAGUUAAGUAAUCCUAAAAAAAAAAAAUAAUAAUUAGGUUAAAAUUAACUUUAAUUUAUCUUAAUUGGUUUUUUUUAAAAAUAUCAUUAUAGAUUAAUUUGAUUAGAUUAUUAAGUUAAGUACAAAUUGUCAGGAAAAUAAUAAUUAAGUUACUUUUUUUUUUUUAAUUACCUUUAAAUGUAUUUUUACUCAUCAAAAUUUGAAAGGAAAAUUGCUAGGUAGUUAUUUUUGUUGCGAUAUAAAAACACUGAUAUUGACAAUUUAGUAGGUAUCUAUAUAAUAUGUAUACUUUUAUAAACUAAUAUAAUCCGUAGACCGCACGCCCGUCUUGUUAUGUGAUAAUGAUAUUUACGUAAAAAUACAUAAUUUUCAUUAAUAAAUAAACGCAGAAAACUUUAGGUCAAUAAUUUUUUACAAAUAACUAAGUUAAAUUAAAAUUAUUUAUAAAAUAAAACAAGUAAAUUACCAACUAAGUUAUUUUCUAACAUUCUAAUUGUUUUAGCUGGUGAAGUUAAAAGUUAUUAAGAUAACCUUAUUCUUACUUAACUUUUAACUUUUUAACUAGCCACUUCCCCGCUUUGUAUUAAUAUUAAGUUAAUGUAUCAUAUUAUUAUUUAUAAAGUUUCGAAUGAACAACGCAAUAAUGAAACAUUUAAAAUGUGUGUUUAACUUGCACAGCCUGCCGUACCGAUUACGGAAGGAUUGGAUCCUUUGACUUUAUUGACCGACGACACGCAAGUUGCGAUUUGGAAUAAUGAAGGUUUACCGAGUGACCGUAUGUCAACAGAAAACGCCACCAUUUUAUCGAAUUCCGAUCGUUGGCCUUUAAUGAUCGAUCCACAAGUAAAUAAAACUAUAAAAAUAAAUAAAAAUUAUAAUAUUAUGCUGAAUUAUUUGGGUAUAAAAAUAACAUAUAGAUUAAAAGCUAUUAUAACGCAAUGAUAGAUAAUCACGGCAUAUGAUUUGAUUCGGAAAGCCAGGCUAAUUAAUGGUUUUGUUUUUGUUCGGUAUUAUAAUAUUAUAUAGUUACAAGGUGUUAAAUGGAUCAAACAAAAGUACGGGGAACAUUUGAUUGUACUGCGACUUGGGCAAAAGGGAUCGAUGGAAGAAUUAGAAAAAAGUAUAACGACGGGGAAAAUCGUAUUACUCGAGAAUAUCGAAGAGAAUUUAGACCCCGUCUUGGACCCGUUAUUGGGCCGUAAUCUAAUAAAAAAAGGAAAGUGAGUGCGAAUAUUCUAGCUAGUUUUCAUGUAAUACGCACAGCAUAUCAAACUGUGAGACUUUUAAACUAUUUUGUUCUUCUGCGUGUUGCGUUACAUUUGUCGUCUGAUAUAGAGCGAUCAAAAUGGGAGAUAAAGAGGUAGAAUAUAACCAAGAGUUUCGUUUGUUGCUCCACACAAAAUUAGCUAAUCCGCAUUAUAAACCAGAAAUGCAAGCUCAAACGACUUUGAUAAAUUUUACAGUCACGAGAGACGGUUUAGAAGAUCAACUUCUUGCCGAAGUUGUAAAAGCCGAAAGACCCGACUUGGAACAACUCAAGGUGAAUAUGUAUUAUAAUUCAUAUAACAUUACGUGGCUUUAAAAUUAAGCAAUCUUAAUCUAAUAAUUAAUUAUUUAUGUAUCGCUAUCAGGCUGAAUUAACGAAACAACAAAAUGAUUUUAAAAUCAUGCUGAAAAAAUUGGAAGACGAUUUACUCUCAAGAUUAUCUUCAGCCGGAGGUAGGUCUGUAAUAUUAGGUACCGUCUACAUAUAUUUAAACAUUCGCAUUAAAAGUUCAUUUAACUCUAUACCGGCCUGUUUUAUGUUCAAAAUUCAGUUUUUUACUCUGUGAAUAACUUAUUUUCUACCAGAAAUUUUACUUCGAUGUAUUAAGUAUAGCACCUUUUCUGAAAGGAAAUUUGAUCUUCUUAAUAGGUACUUUAAAUAAGUAAUUUUUUGACUUUUCAAACGGUUUUCAUAAUAAUUGAGAAAAAACCUGGAAAAAUAUAAAAAAAAAAACGAAAAAAUUUACAAGAUUUAUUAAUUUUCAAUUUUAGAUAUUUUUUGUUAUAAUUCAAUUUAAAAUAUUCGUGGGGACAUAAAAUUCGGACAGAACUUAUAUUUCACCUCUUCUAGACAUGAUAAAAUUUUCAAAGAAUUUUAGUCAUUUUUGAGUUAUUUAUAGACAGUUUAAUUUUGCGAGUAUUGUACGUAAUUUUUAUUUGGUAGAUACUCUGUGAUAAAAUUGUUAGACUAAACAGAAAUGUUUGAAAAUUUGACAAGAGGUUCAUUAUAAGUCGUACUCAAUGAUCAAAAACAAAAAAAAUUGAGUGUAAUGUAAUAUUUUUUUUUUUUUUAUAAGUUUUUUAAGACCAAAUUUUGACGAAAAUCGUAAAUAAUACGAUCUUAAAAAACAUAUUGUAAAACCGAACUCCUCUGAAUCGUUUUUUAUAUUUACAAUGGUUUUUUAUCGGUUACGGGGUAUAAAUUUAUGAAUCCUGCCUUUCUAAUACUCACCCACCGCAGUAGCUCCACUCUUCUUUAGUAUCAACUCUUUAUUUAUUAGAUUGAUAUCCUAUAUCUGAUAAAAAGUAUAUCUUGAUGGUUUAGAUAUACAAUUUUGGCAUGUUAAAAUUAUCCUUUUAAUGUUUUCAAUGUUGAUUAUAUUUUAGUUUAUUUAUAAUGUAGUUUUUUUUUUUUUAAUUUUAAGACAACAUUUUGAGUGAUACGGCGUUAGUGGAAAAUUUGGAGACCACAAAACGAACAGCUGCCGAGAUACAACAAAAAGUCGCCGAGGCGAAAAUCACCUCAGAAAAAAUCGACGAAGCCCGAGAACAUUACAGGCCAGCAGCUGCGAGGGCUAGUUUAUUAUAUUUUAUACUGAACGAACUAAACACGAUUAAUCCAGUUUACCAAUUUUCGUUAAAGGCAAAGAUAAAUUAUUAUUUAGCUUUUAAAAAAAUUUAAAAAAAGUUAACACUUUUUUUUACAAAUCAUCGUAAUUAUAGGCUUUUAGCGUAGUGUUUAAUAAUGCGAUUGAAAAAUCUGUACCAGCCGACGAAGUUACAUUGAGAGUGAACAACUUGAUCGACUGUAUUACAUACUUCGUCUUUGUGUACACUUCUAGAGGUCUUUUCGAGUGUGACAAGCUCAUUUUCGCAUCACAAAUGACAUUCCAAGUAAGUGCAAGUUGAUCCGAAUUGAUGGCAUUCAAUGAAAUUAUAAAUCUUACUUUACGUAUAUUCUUUGUAUUUCACCCAAUUAUUUUAAUUUUAAAAUGAGUUACCAAUUUCGAAACCUUAGUUUCACAUUUUGAAAUCAUUUAUGACUAUUAGGUUAAUUUAUUGGUUAUUACUAUUUAUGUACUCAUAAUUUAUAGUUCUAAAAGAAUCACCGCAUAUUAAUAAUAAUAAAAAAAAAAAAACACUUAAAAGACAAAAUUUAAUAUAAUAUUUUUAGCAGUUCAAGUAAUGUGCAUUAUCGUGUGUAUCAAUUGAAAUCAAUGGGUUUAGUUAAUAUUUUGAGUUCAUCGAAAAAUAAAGUUAAUAAAAUUCAGAUUCGAUGCCGUAGUAUGAUAUACGCGGUCAAAACGCUGUAAGAAUUAAUGAUGGAUUCAGUAAUUGUUUUAAACAUUUCUUUGGUAUAUUCAAAAUGCAGGUAUUGUAAAUAAAAAAAUUAAUUGAACUACCUUUUGUUAACGAAAGUACUCAUUCAUGAAAAAUCGUAGAUUACAAUAUUUAUAUACAUUGUUAUUACCUACACUUUAAAUCAGCUAUUAUAAAAACAUAAAAUACAAUUUUUAUUGAGUCUCAUAAGUUACAGAAUAUAAAAUUAGUAUAUAUCGUAAUAUUUUAAGUAUAAACGAAACAUGGUGUGAAUGAUGCAUCUGGUAAACAAUGUGAUACCAAAAAAUUUAAAUUCUGUAUAAGUGAUAUUGACUAAAAUGUUUUUAAUAAUAUUUAAUUAGAUACAUAUAUGUAUAUUAAGAUUAUAGUAAAAAAAAAAAAAGUAUUUUAGUACUUUUCACAACACCGUAUUUUUACCUCUAUUUAAAUACAAUAUGGUUAAAAGUAUCUUUUCAUAAGACCGGUGACGUAAUAAUAUAAUUUUUGAUUUGCCAGCGGUGCACUGGAUAUUCGCAACACCAAAAUGCGUAAAAUAAUCAUUACACAUGCGUUUAAAAAAAUAUACUUUUAUUUUAAUUUGAAAAAAUGUUUCAUUAUUUUUCAUAAUUAUAUGAUGAGUCAUUUAAUCUAAGAAAAAUUAAAUUGUAUUAAUUUGAAAAUAUUUGUAUUAGAUAUUAUUAAUGAGUGAAGAAAUAGCAGCACAAGAAUUGGAUUUUUUCUUAAGAUUUCCCACAGCACAGCAUAUCAGUAGCCCAGUAGAAUUUUUGUCCAAUUCUAGUUGGUCUGGUGUUCGAAGUUUGUCGACUAAAGACGAGUUUAGGUAUUUUUGAAAAUAUCUACUUAUCUACCUAUACAUUUUUCACAUUAAAAUUAAAUUUGAAAACAUUUUUGUUUUUAUUUUAGGAAUUUAGAUCGUGAUAUUGAAACUUCGUCAAAAAGAUGGAAAAAAUUCGUGGAAUCGGAUUGUCCCGAACGUGAAAAGUUCCCCCAAGAAUGGAAAAAUAAAGUUUCGUUACACCGGUUGAUGAUGAUGAGAGCUCUAAGACCAGAUCGCAUGACUUAUGCUAUGUCGUAAGUAAAACCAAAAAUAUCAUAUGAUUGUUAUAUAAUACAAAACAAAAUUCGAACACAAAUAACAUAACAAGUAUAGAUAUCUAUUGUACCGUUAUAAAACAAUAUAUAGGUACGCUUAACAAUGAAUAUCGAUACCAGUAAAUUAAUUGAUUUAAUAAUUUUUUCUUGGUAAAGUACUUAUGCAGGUAUAUAUUAUUAUUUUUAAAGGGUAUUCAUCGAAGAAAAACUCGGUCCGAAAUAUGUGGAAGGUAGAAGCGUUGAUUUUGCUAAGUCAUUCGAAGAGACUAGCCCAACAACUCCAAUAUUCUUUAUUCUUUCUCCGGGAGUGAACCCAUUAAAAGUAAUAAUAUUCUCUGUGGAAAAUUAUUUAUUAAACUAACGAACUAUCCCUUAUUUAUCGCAUGUAAUAUUAAUAUACAUAUUAAAUAUUUUUUUUUGUUUUACGUAUGAAAUGACAAUUUUAUUUUAAAUUUAGAUGCGGUAUAUUAUGCUAACUAUUUAUAAUUGAGAACUUUAAUGGACUAAUUAAUAUUCCAAAACAGUUCUACAACUCAGUAUAAAUUUAUAGUUACAUAUUUAUUUAUUCAUUAUGCCAAGUUAUCAAAAUUUCUUCAAUUUUGAAAAAUUUAAAAAUUAUUUUUAACAUUUCGAUUAUCAACUUAAAGAUAAGAUUUUCUAAACCUAUUUAGGGGGAAGGGGUGAGACCGUUUUCACUGAUAAAAUAUUAGUCUAAUACAUAUAGUGUACAACACAGAUAUAAAUUAAAUUACCCUAUACAGCCAAUACAAUACAACCUAUACCUACCUUCCCAUUUUUUCGCUAACAACAGUAGCACACUCAUUGUGCGAUGUGUAUAUUCAAUUUUUUAUUAUAUUUACUUUAUUGUUAUAACAUUAAAAUAAUUGCGAAAUUGUAAAAUACAUUUUAAUUUGAAUUUUACUCGUAUACAGCUCGUAUAUAUUAUUAAUUCGCUUACUUGUCCGUGGGUAGCUGCGAACGCAUUUGAACUUGAAUCCACCAAAACCGAGUGUGAAUGAAUUCCGAACGCAUAUUCGGUAGACAAUUUGCGUUCGUUAGCCUUUGCAUUUUUUCUUAAAAUUGUUCAAUUUUAUUUAUUAAGUAAUACAUUUUUCUCACCCUGCUUAUAGUAUACUGAAGGAGGAUCGGUAGAAUCUCAAAUAAUCGGUUUUUAUUUGUAUUAUAAAUCGUAUAACACGCAAACAUUAUUCAUCCGUCCACUCCGUACUUACGAAUCAAAAUUUCGUAAAAAGCAUUACGAACGCAAAUGCCGAAUGCCGUUUAAACUAAAAGGUAUCUUCAAUCGUUCACGAAUUUACCGCACUCGGAGUGAACGUAUAGGAACACGAACGAUGCAUAGUAAUAGUAUAAUAUUAUACGGACAUGGGAUCCUGGUACUCUCGGAUGAAUUUAAACCGUCAUACUAAUCUUGGUUUAAGGAUUUAAACCGGGAAUAUUUUAUCUCCCCCUCUCCUGUCCCACUCAUCAUCUCGUAUUAACGUAUAUAUAGAUUGCCUAUAAUACGGUAGGUAAUAAUAUUCGAGUUUGAUAUAUACUAUUAGUUAAAUAUAAAAAUAUAAUAUUACUAAGAUGUAUUUUUCUCUCCCUGAAAUACUUUUGAGAUUGGUAAAAAUAUUCCAAUAUUAUUUACGUCGUCCCUGUAUUAAAAGAUACGGAUUACCCACUCGAUGAUACUUAAUUUGAAAUAUUUCUCGAAAUCCCUAACACUUUUUUAAACAAAUUGAUUUUUUUUUUUUUUUAACGCUUUGUUGACAAGUAAAAUGUUGCGAUUUUUUAGGCAGUGCCUAAAGGAAUGUAGAAUAUUCACCUAUAGUAAUAUCGUUUUUUUAAAACUAUUAAAAGUUCACCUCCUAAAUUCUUUUAUUGGUAAAAAUCAUACGGUUAUUUAAAAUGCUCUCACAAGUUCGUAAAUCAUACAAGUUUUUUAUAUCGUAUCUUAAUAGGAACGGAAUUUGCAAUCUGAAAAAAAUGUGUAGACUUUCAAUAGCUUUUGUACAAAUAAAAAAAAACUGACAACAAAUGAUAAUACUUCGAUUUUUUUUCGUUGAUUUUUCGGGUUACCUAUAUACUGUUGGGCUAUAAAAUAAAACAAAUACGAUUUCGCUUAGAAUCUGUAUUUUAGUUUCAACGAUUUAUCGUUAAUUUCAUUAAACGUGUAUAAAAUGAAUAUUACUUCAUAUCCUAUAUACAUUCUCAAUUGUUUAAAUUUUAACACUUAAUCAUAAUUCAUAAUAAUAAUAUUAUGUCAAUUAUAUUAAUAAUACAAAAAUAAUUAUAUUAUUAUUAUUUUUUUUUUUAUGAAGGUAUUUUAUUUGAAGUGUUAUUCGAUUAAUAAAGUGCACCGUAAUCAAAAGAUGGUCGAAUACGAUUAUUGAAUUUAAUUAAAAGUAAAAGGCUGGACAUACCACGCACCGUGGGUAAGCCACUGUUGUAUGGGUGGGUAAUUUGGAAGGUAGGUAAUUUAGUUUACACAAUAAAUCACUGUAAACGAAAAACGAUGCGGAGUGUAGUAUUAGUUUUCCCUUGUUUCCUAGGUAACCCAGAAAUUUACAAAAACAAAAGUAGGAUCUGAACUGUUGAUAAAUGACGAUAAAUUAUUUCGUGAGUGCGUGCCUUAAUCGAAACAUAUUUAAUAAAAGUGUUUUACGAGAAAAGAAAAAAUAAACACACCAUUGUGAAACUUCUUCGUUACACUCAGAAUCUAAAAGAUUUGCGAUAAAUUUGUCGUUUUAUUUUAUAUGCGACUGAAAGAUUAUUUAUUAUUUUCGGCGAGAUAGAUUUCAUACUCUUAUAGUGGUUUGUCGAAACCUGCUGACUAGUCGUUAUCGGCUAUUAGGUACUUGGGCCGUCAACAAAAAGUAUUUUGUCCAAAAAUGUUGUACAAUAGUUUUGUAACGUAACAUUUAUGAACGGAGUGAGGAACGCAUUGUUUUUAAUUUUAAGAUAAGAUAUAAAUUAUAUAACUAUACCUACAUACCUACUAUAUACCUAUACUACUUUGGUAUAUAUUAGAUUCUGAGUGUAGCGAAGAAUAGUGUAUUGGUUUUACAAAGAUGUUUGUUUUUUUUUUUAUAUAAACACUUUUUCUACCAGAAAGCUAUUACUCUAAUAUACAGUGUGUCUCACCGUGUUCGACGGAUUUUUCUAGCGCUGUUGGUAUUUAAUUUUUUUUUUCUUCAAUCCAUCUGUCUUCGAGGGGGACAUCGAUUUGGAGAAAAAUUACAUUUUUAUUUUCAUCCCCUAAACACAAAAAAAAAAAUAACUUUCUUUAUUCACUUAGAAAAUUUUCAAAACAACCAUUUUGUAAAAAAAAUUAUUCAAAAAAAUGUUAAUAUAUAACACAUUCAUAUCCAAUGAUUGAUUUCUUAGUAAUAGCCGUUUUUAUUUCUAGAAAAUAGACGUAAAAACAAUUAAUAUUCAAUAAAAUAACACAUUAUGCGAUAGAGCGAUAAAGAAUCACAAUCAAAUCAGGUAAUUCUUUACCUUCUAUGGAAUAUUAACUGUUUUCACGCCUAUUUUCUAAAAAUUAAAACUGAUAUAAUUAAGAAACUUUAAAGAGGUCAUUUUUCGAUUUUCCCUCGGAGUUUUCUCAACAGAUGUGAAAAAACAAAAAAAAGGGGAGGAAAAACUUAGGUAAAACGGGAAAAUCGGUACACUAUUAAACAUAUUGUUAAAGAAAUUAAAUAAUGCUUAUUUAAUCAUUUUAUCAUAAUAUGACAUAUAUUAUAUUGCAAGACUUCGCUCAGAAUUAUUUUUAGUAAGCAAUGAUUUAUCAUUGCUUACAGAUACAAAUUAAUUUUCCUUCUAUAUCUUAACUUCACAACUUCUCACCAACAACAGUGGCUGCACCCAUCGUGCGAAAUAUAUCCGUCUUUAUGGGUUAAUAAUAUUCUAUUAUUCCCGACAAAAUUGUUAGACCAAACAAAAAUUACUUGAAAAUUAAACAGAAGAUUUAUUAUAAGUCAUAAUAGUGGUAAAAAAAAAUUAGUGUAAGUAAUGUAGAAUUUUUUUUAUAAGAACUUAACUAUCAAAUUUUGACGAAAAUAGUAAAUAUUAUAGCCUUUCAAAACAUGUAUAACCGAAUUCCGCUCAGAAUCGUUUUUCAUUCGCAAAGAUAAGAAUAAUAGUUGCGUACAGAUAUAUAUAUAUAUAUAUAUAUAUAUUAAAUUCCCCUCUAUAUCCUACCUUUCUAACUUCUCACAUACAACAGUGGCCAACCCCGUGCGAAAUAUGGUUGUCUUUUUUUUUAACUACAACUUCUGUGUUAAUUUUAAACGAUUACAUUGUUUUUUUAUGAAUCAUCCCUAAAGUUAAACUGCAGUAAAAUAGUAUUAUUAGCACAAUACAGUUAUUAUUACUAUCGUUAUCAGGACGUUGAAGAUUUGGGACACAAGCUUGGAAUUUCAACUGCAUUAAAUAACUUUCAUAAUGUGUCGCUGGGACAAGGCCAAGAAGUUGUCGCCGAGAGCGCGAUGGAAAUUUCGGCACAAAAUGGUCAUUGGGUCGUUCUUCAAGUAAAUAAAACACCUUUUUUGGCGCACAUUAGUUUUUCAAUGUUGUUGCAGCAGUCACGCGUCAUUUAAAUAAUAUUAAAUUAUUCAUAAAAAUAUACUUCUCUGAUCUCAGGGAAGAAGGGCUUAAGUCAAUUUUAUAUAGUUUUCAAUACAAAGGAAUUAAAUAUUUAAAAUGUUAUUGUAUUUAGCCAUCAGACCAUUUAGGCCCUAUCUAAAUGGCGUUCUAAAUGGCGUUCUAAAUGGCUCAAGUUAUAUAUCGUUACAUAAUUCAUACCUUUUUUGCCAAGCAAAAAUUGCAUCACAGUCAUUUAAUAUAUAUAUAAAAUUUCGGUACCUAUAACAAGUGUUAGAAUAUACAUACAUUUAUGCCAAUUAGUUAGCGAGAAAAACUACAUAAGAUGAAAUUAUAUUAUAAUAUACCAAAAAAAAAAAAAAAAUGAUUCAAAUUGACUUAUAAGCCCUUCGUCUUCCUUGGAACAAAGUUUAUACUUUUUGUAUAUAGAACAUUGUGAAUAUGUAUAGUAUUAGACGAAUUUUAAUUUUAAACGAUUAUUUGUUCAUACCUAAUAUUGUUUUGCAGAACAUACAUUUAGUAAAGAAAUGGUUACCGACGCUCGAGAAAAAAAUGGAACUUCUCGGCGAAACCGCCCAUCCAAAUUACAGGCUAUUCUUAAGUGCUGAACCCGCAGCCACGCCGUCGGCGCAUAUCAUUCCACAAGUAUCAUAAUUUGAACAUUUUUAGUUUUUUUACUAUAUACUUAAUUUCAGUCUCUUAAUCGAAACGUUCAGAAUUAAAAAUCGCCAACGGUUAAAUAUCACUGUCAAGAUAUUUUUCACGGAUGAGUCUUUAUUCGCCUAUACCUAAUCCGUAUCUUAUUUCGACUUGACUAAACCUGUAUAUACCUAGUUACUAUUAUUACAAAACUAUGUUCUAUAUGAUAUUUUCCGAUCUCAGAUCGCAAUCUUAAUCGAAGGGUUUUAAUUUUAUUUUUUGGUAAUAUUGUCUAUUUCAAUUUUUUGAUCGAGAUGAAACCGGACACAAGAACAUUGAAAAAAAAAAUAAAUAAUAAUUUCUACAUUUAAUAUUUAUUUAGGGUAUUUUGGAAUCGUGCAUUAAAAUUACCAACGAACCGCCGACCGGCAUGCAAGCCAAUUUACAUAAAGCGCUGGAAAAUUUCAACCAAGAGACGUUGGAAAUGUCGUCGAAAGAAGCCGAGUUCAAAGCGAUUUUGUUUUCGCUUUGUUAUUUCCACGCCGUAGUAGCCGAACGUAGAAAAUUCGGAGCUCAAGGAUGGAACAAGAUUUAUCCUUUUAACGUUGGUGAGUAUGUUAUUGGUUAUGUGUACAAACGAACAAAUUAACGGUAAAAGUAAAACGAAAUACUAUUUUCGUAUAUACGUAUAUACGAUUAUUAUGGUAUAUUCGUAGGUAAGUAAAUUAUAUUUUACUAUCGUUUCAGGCGAUUUAAACAUCAGCGUGAGCGUGCUGUUCAACUACUUAGAGGCGAAUAAUAAAGUGCCAUGGGAAGAUCUACGAUACUUGUUUGGCGAAAUAAUGUACGGUGGACACAUAACAGACGACUGGGAUAGAAAAUUAUGCAUUUCCUAUUUAGAGGAAUUAAUGCAGUCGGAUUUGGUAAAAAAAAAAAAAAAAACUAACUACUACAGAUGAUAUUUUUUUUUAAAUUUUUUAUUUAAUAAUAAUACUUCAAUUACAAAGAUUAUUAUAGUCUAUAGUAACAUUUACAAAGUAAAAUUCAGUACUUGAAAAUAUUAUAUGGUAUAAUUUACAACUUAGUUAUAACACUCAUGCGAUUUGUAGAUUUUGUUUUUUUUGUUUUUCCCAUAACAAGAUUUUUUUCAUUAUCUAUCCGUUUAUAUUAUAGGUAGACGGAGAUCUUCAUCUAGCUCCUGGGUUCGCCGCACCUCCAAAUAUGGACUAUCAAGGGUAUCAUACGUACAUAGACGAAGCUUUGCCGGCCGAGAAUCCAGUGCUUUACGGGUUGCAUCCAAACGCCGAAAUCGGGUUUAUGAGCACAACAUCCGAAAAUUUAUUUCGCACCGUUUUCGAAAUGCAACCCCGAGAAGCCGGCGCUAUUGGUGGUACGAACGUCACCAGAGAAGAUAAAGUACGUUUAAUGUACCGACCGGUUACUUAUUAAGAGGACGUUAUACCCGCAUGUUCUGUCUCAGUCCAACUAACGGGCUGCAAUAUAGCAAAAUCUACCUCACACAGACUGCGUGAUACUCGCUUAAUUUUGGUUUUAGAGUGAAAGCGCCUAUAAAAAUAUUAAGAGAGAGCAAUAUUUCAAAGGGAAGAUGAUACGUUAUUUUUUUAAAUGCUACAGCCAUUUAAAAACGACGAAUUAGUUUUUAUUUCUAAACGAUUUGUUGAACGUUAUAUUCAGAAUAAUUCAAUAAAUUUAAUAUGAAAUUCGGUUAAAUUAUGCAAUUUCAACAAAAAAUUACUAAAUAAAUACUCAUAGUUGUUUUAUUUUUAAGCCAAUAGGGAAAGAUAACUCUUAACCCAACCCAUCUUGCGUUCGCCACUGGCAAUAUUCUACUCUCUAUAGCUACCCGAAUUCGUCUCUAUAAUUUCUUGUUGGAUUUCAACAUAUUAUCGAGUUUUACUUGAUCUUUAAUGCAAAAUGUAAUUAUUACAAGCAAUACAAAUUAGAUUAGGUAAAUUAUAUAAAUCCUGUUUACAUUUUUAGAUAAAUUGUAUAAUUUUGGAUGCUAUUAUUGUCACUUUUACUUAUUUUUCUAAAUAAUAAUAACAUUAUUAACAAUAAUUUCUAAAAAAGUGUUCAUUCGUCAAUUAGGUUAAACAGAUUGUCGACGAAACGUUAGAAAAGUUACCCGAAGAAUUCAACAUAAUGGAAAUGAUGGGCAAAGUAGAAGAGAGAACACCGUACGUAAUCGUAGCCUUUCAAGAGUGCCAGCGGAUGAAUUUCCUUACUAGUGAAAUGAAACGGUCCUUAAAAGAACUCGAACUCGGACUCAAGGUUAUAACGAAAUAAUAAUAUUGCAAAACAUAGUAUAACAAUAAAAUAUAAUUAACUGGUGAGAAAAAUUAAUAUUUAGGGCGAGUUAACCAUCACGUCGGAUAUGGAAGACUUGGAAAAUGCAUUAUUUUUAGAUCAGAUUCCGUCGGUAUGGAUGAAUCGAGCAUACCCGUCUCUCCUCGGACUGGGAGCUUGGUUCUCCGACCUGUUACUCCGGAUUAGAGAGUUGGAAACAUGGACCACGGAUUUUGUUGUGAGUAUGAAUAUAUAUGUAUGUAUAUAUAAGUAUUUAGUAAAUAUUCGCAGAUAAAACGUGGUAAAAAAAAAAAAAAAAAACUGCCCCAUUAAUACAUAACUACAAAAGUAAUUCAUACCUAAUUAGCGAUCGUGUGGAUUUUGUCUCGUCAAUUAUUAUUAGGUGCCGUCGUCGGUGUGGCUCUCGGGUUUCUUCAAUCCUCAAUCGUUUCUGACGGCGAUUAUGCAAAGUACCGCGAGAAAACACGAAUUGCCUCUGGACAAAAUGUGUCUACAGUGCGACGUGACGAAAAAACACAAAGAAGAAUUCAGGUCUUAAUUUUCAUCACAUGUGGUCAGGGUUGCAAAAAAUACUUUUUUUUUUUUGAUGUUGUAAAUAUCAUAAAAUAAUAGUUAAUCACAAACAAAAUAAAAAUUUAAAAAAACUUCUUUAUCCAAAAGUAUAAUAAUAACUACUUAUUUUUAUUUUAAUUUUAAGAAUGAAUGGAAAACAUAUUAUAAAUAGUUUUUUAUUCUUCAGAACAUUUUACACAUUUCAAACAUGUAUGUAUAAACCUUUUCAAACAUAUAAUUACUUGUAUAAAACACUUCGCAACCCUGUACAUACAGGUGUAUUAGUAUUUAUUGGACGAUUAAAACGGGUUUUUUUUUCGAUUAAAUUUUAGCGGGGCAGCCAGAGACGGUGCUUACAUUCACGGGCUUUUCAUGGAAGGCGCUAGAUGGGAUGCGGUGCAAGGGGUUAUAAUGGAAUCUAAGCUCAAAGAGCUAUUCCCGCAAAUGCCCGUUAUCAACGUCCGAGUAAGUUGUGUUUAUACUAAGAAGUAGUAUAUUAUUAUAGAAGUAGGUAAUAUUUUAUUUCUUUAUCAAUACCAGAGCCUGGUUAAUAAGAGGAGCCAAGUGUACGAAACGGAUGGGGGGGGGCUAGUUCAUACACCUAAAUAAUUAUAGAUUAACUAUAGGUAAAUAAUUACUCUGUGUAAACAACUUUUUCCCUUUCACUUUUUAUGUAUAAUUAAUUGAAUGGUGGUAAUAUGUACUUACUCCACUUAAUUAUCUAAGGUUUUUUUUUAUAACUUAGUUUUUUUAACUUCACAAUAGUAAAAAUCCCCCUAACGAUAUAUAAAAUUAUUUAUCUAAUUGAAAAACAUAUUUUUUGACAAUAUGUAUAACCUAAUAUAUUAAUUUUAUGGAAAAAAAUCUAUUUCAAUCAAACAGAAAUUAUAUUUAUAAAAUAUAAAAUAUGCCCGUAAAAAUAAUUCCUAUUUUUUAAUAUAUUGUUUUAGGCGUUUAAUGAGUUCAAAAAAAAUUUAAAAUUUCCUUAACCCAACUGUUAUUGUAAUUUGUGUUACUGAAGAAAUUACUGUAUUUAUCAUAAACAACUAUAUCUACCUACAGUGGCGUGUCAAAGGGUAUAAUCGGUAGGCAGCUGUCUCGGACUUUUUUUAAAAGGUCUAUUUAUAUGACAAUUUUUUAGUAAACAAUAAAAACUCAGUGUUAAAUCAUGUAUAAUAUGGGUGGUUCGUGGAUUCAUCAGUAGAUAUUAGAUGGGAAUUGGAAUACAAUUUUUGCCUCUGUAAAUAUUUGAGUUCACCACGACAUUGCCUAUCUACACAAUAUUUUUUUUCUUUAUGUAGAUAUAAUUAUUAAGUAGACUAAUGUCGAUGCGUAAUAAUACAAUAAUUAAAAGAAAAACAAAGAUCUGAUAUCCCUGCUAUACUGCUGAUGGUUGUGCAACUGUAAUAGGUGCUUAAUAGUUACACAUAAAGUUAGAUAAUUUACAUUUGUACGCAGUGAUAACUAAUUGCUGACUAAGUGCGAUUCUUAGAGAAAUUCAAGUAAAUACUUAUUUGAAAAGACGUGAAAUGCUUGAAAUACUUAUCGUAAAAAAAUAAUAUAAUUCAAAUCAAAAAACGGUUAAAUUUAAGUCGAAAUUUAAUCUUAAAAUGCAUGUUUAAAAAAAUUGAUUAGGUACAUUACGCUGAACAUUUUUUUUUUUUGUAAUCAAAAACAACUUAUGAUGAAUCAACAUGUUAAAUGUUCAAAAUUAUAAACGAGAUUACCGCAUAGCAAUGAAAUUGUUAUUAAUGCAGUUGUAUAAUAUAUUAUAUUAGUAGGAUGAAAAGGAGAGUUCAAAGUCAAGAGCAAGGAACAAGGAGCCCAGGUGCUAUACCUAAUACAUGGCAGCCCAUACAGGAGCCCAGGUGCUAUUUUUUAACAUAGCCGCCCGAAUUGUUCACCUCUUCAUCGACAUUUAUUUUCCCCCACCCCUUUUUUUCAAAAUAUUUUUUUCCUACAUGUACCACCUACUCGACCUAUUUAGACCACGCCCCCCAUAUCCAAAUAUUUUUUUCGAGACAUUAUCAGCUACUUACUCGACCUACCUACAUCGUUAUCAUAUACAUACUGUUAUCACAUACCUACAUCGUUAUCAUAUACCUAUGAUUAUUAUUUUAAAGGAAUACGAUAUUUUUCGUCUUCGCGCGCUCGCGUUAACCCGCAUACCCUCUACCCACCGAAUAUAUCUUAUGCGUAUAUAUUGUAAUAAAUUAUUGUUUUUUCGUAACAUUAUUAUUCCAUGAUUUAUAUUCUGUGAUCACGUUAGUAUACAUUAUAACAUAACAUACCAUUAAGCGAGCUAAUGUUUUCCCGCCCGCCUAUUAGACGACCUAUUAGACGACCGCCGGCCAGCAGCACAUAUUGUUUUUCUCGAAGUGUACAGACCAUCGACGUUGCUAAUAACCAUUUCGUUUUUGUAACAAUUGUACAUAAUAAUAUUUUGUCGUAUAGGUAAUAUUUAGCUGCGGGCAUGGAUAGUGUCGGCAGGGUAAGGCGAGCGCGAGCUCGUUAAUAAAAAAUAUUAUAUACACUAAUGAUUGCUAAUGUUGUGUAACAAUGUAUACUAACGUGAUCACGGAAUACAUAUCAUAGAAUAAAAAUGUAAGGAAAAAACAAUAAUUUAUAAGAAUAUAUACUCAUAAGGUAUAUUCGGUGUGUAGAGGGUAUGCGGAGUAACGCGAGCGCGCGAAGACGAAAAAUAUCGUAAUACUUAUAAAAUAAUAAUCAUAGGUAUACGAUAACGAUGUAGGUAUGUGAUAAAAGUAUGUAUAUGAUAACAGUAUGUAUGUGAUAACGAUGUAUGUGAUAACAGUAUGUAUAUGAUAACGAUGUAGGGAAGUCGAGUGAGUAGCUUAUAAAGUAUCUGAAAAAUAUUUGGAUAAAUGGGACGUGGUCUAAAUAGGUCUAGUAGGUGCUGCAUGUACAAAAAUAAAAAUAUUUUGAAAAAAGUUGUGGGGAAAAAUAUAUGUCGAUGAAGAGGUGAACAAUUCGGGCGGCCAUGUUAAAGUAUAGAUCCUGGGUUCCUUUCAGGGCGGCCAUGUAUUAGGUAUAGCACCUGAGCUCCUUGUUUCUGACUUUGAACUUUUCUUUUCAUCCUUCUUAUAUUUAUACUUAUCUGGGUAUUUAAUUAGGUCUGUGACGGGUAAAAUGUUUGAUAAACACUAAAUUAUCUAUAUAUUAUAAUAUACUUAUAAUUCUGCAGCAUGAAUGUUAUUUGACAUAAUUUUAAAAUUUACCUUUAAGCAGGCUGAAUUACGAUUCAGAUCACUGUGUGCCGUUAUUAUUACAAUUUUUUCAAUAUUUGAUCUUAAGAUGCUUAUGAAAAAAAAAAAAAACUAAUGUAUUAAACUCAAAUUUAUUUAUUAGACUACUAAGUACAACUUAUAAUGUACUUUGUGUUAAAUUGUCAAGUAUUUCUCUUAAUUUUAAUAACAGAUACCUAUACCAAAUAAAAAUACAUAUUAAAAAAACAUGAAAAUAUCAAAUAUCUAUAAAUAGCCUUUGAUUUUUCCCAAUUAUUUUUAAAACCCCUUGGAAAGUCUAAAAAUGACCUUCUCAAUGCAUCAAUUAGACAACAUUUUCUUUCAGAAUAAGUACUUCAUUUUGCACAUCGGAACAAUAUUUUUGGUAGAAAAGUUGUUUACAGAUAGAAAAAUACAAAAAAAAAUUUUUAAAAAAUACACAUCAUAGGAAAACUAAUACAUCCCACGCUACGCUCCGAAUCUAAAAAAAAUUACCUACUCAAUCAUUAUCUACUUUCUAGAUAAUACUUUCUACAUACUACAAAGAAGUUCUCUUCUCGUUUUUUGAUUCCUUAUUGCGCCCAGAAUCUUAAAAAAAAUACUUAACACAGUAUUAUGUUAUACUUGCAGGCCAUCACUCAAGACAAACAAGAUUCGAGGAACGUGUACGAGUGUCCGGUAUACAAAACUAGGACCAGAGGUCCGACGUACGUGUGGACGUUUAGUCUGAAAAGUAAAGACAAACCCUCGAAAUGGACGCUGGCCGGUGUCGCCCUACUUUUACAACUAUAG